ACUAUCUGUCACCUACAUACUGAGGGUGAUCUGUGGGAUUUGGAGAGGAAUUUGGAUCUUUUUUCUCUCUCCAUUGUGUGUCUGUGCCCUGGAGAAGGAGCCUGUUUGGAUACAUGAUCUGUGCUUCCCAGCAGGGGUAAGUGUGCUGUAUGUAGCAUUGUUGGCAGAAAUGGCCAUGUUUGUGCUUCUGUUCUCAGCCCCUGUGUCUGACUCAGCCCAGGCUGGAGAAAAGAGGAGGGGAGAGGGGGCACAGACUGGAUGAUCAUUUAUAAUCGGGAAGCACAGCUAAUAUAAUGACUAUCCUGGCUGGAGCUAUAUAUCUGCAGAAUAGAAUUAACACCAGCUGAAAGUUUGCAAGAAAAUACACCCCAUUGCUGAUUUAAUAAUGGAUGGCUCUGUGAUCAGGGCUGGGGUUGCUUGUGUGGCUGUGGAUUGCCUCCCUCUUGUGAGGUGGAUGUCUGGUUCUGUGAUUUAGACCUUUUUAGGUCCCAUGGAAAUGAGGUAAUCAUGUACCUUAGUAAUCUGGCACAGUGACAUUACUGGAGAGGACACACACCCUGGGGGGAAGUGGGGGGGAUGUACACAGGGUCUGGCAGUGAAAUGGUGUUUGUUUACUAGUAACUUACAGCGGGAAAGGGUGAGAGUUGCUGACUAGCUGUAAGUGCCCCAGGCACACUGCUUCUGAUAUGAGGUGUCAGCACUGAGGGGGGGGGUUGAGAUGGGUAGAGUUAAUGUGAUGUUUUCAAGCCUGUCUGAUCCUGUAUCUUACAGGAAGUAAUGGAAUGAUAAUGUAAACAGUCUAUUAGAAGGGAUUUUUAAAGAAUGCCUAAACUGAUACAAAAUGGAUACAUUUUACUAGGAACAUGGUAUUUAGUUCCAAAACUGUGUCACAUUUCAAGGAAUGAAUUCUUAUCACCUUCCAUUAGCCAGCAGCCAAUUUACUGCAAGAAUGACCAGCAUCUGCAUGUGUGACAGGCCCUGUCUAGCAUGAGAUGAGUUAACCUCCCCACCCCCUACUCAGGGCAUGCUAGGGGUUACACUUGCUACAGAACAAUUGUAAAGUAAUGACUGAUGGAGUUAUAGAAUAGAAAAUGACUGCUUCUAGGUCAGUGACUCAUGGUGACUGGCCACUAACUGGCAGACAUCCCAAGUUUAUGCUUCUGAGCAAGAGAGAAGCAUGGCUUUCCUAACCGCAAGUGACUCUCCCUGCGUUGUUUUCACUUCAUAUACCAAUUUAAAAUGUCAAUGUUUUUUUAUGUAUCAAAACGAGAAGGGACACAAUGACUGGUUCAAGUGGCUGUGGAAAAAGGUGCACAUCUUUCUUGAUCAUGGAGAACUCUAUAAACACUCUGUCAUCAAUCCCAUUCCAUUUAAUUUUUUUCACCUGUCAAUUUCCAUUUUGUUAUCCACCUGUAUGUUUUGUGGGUUUUUCCCACUUUUUUUUUUCACUUGUUUAUUGUUACUGUUGAGGCUGUACAGACAAGAUGUAUUUGUGACAACCAAAAUUAUUGUUUGUUGUAUUUAGUGUGUUGAUAUAUAUACACAUAUAAUAUUUUAGGAAGUGAAGUUGUGAGCUUUGUGACAUACAAUCCUGAUUACUUUUGCUAGUAUACAUUAUUUGCGGACCUUAUGUUUUGAUUUUUGAACAUUGAGAUGUGUACGUACACAUAGAUAAUUUUAUAAUUAAAAAUAAUUUACCCACGAUACUUUGUAUUACUCAAAGUCUCCAUAAAUUGGUUUGCAAGUUAUAAGCAAAAAAAAAAAAUAGUAUUUGAAUAAAAAUGUUUUUUUUUAAAAAUAAUAAUCAGUCACUGUGUGUAUUGCCCUACGAGCAGCUGACUUGUUUGCUUAUUAAUUAUGUAUUUGCCACUUCUUAUAGUGAAUAUUUUAUUACUGCUCUCUGAUAUUUGUAAAAGUCAUCUUGAAUAAGUGUGGUUUUAUUUUUGAGUGGAUCCCUCUGUAAAUUAUAUUGAUCAACAUUCAAUAUACUUAUUAUGAGGUAGCCAGUACUUCAUCAUUUUAAUAAAAUUAUGGGAAGGACAACUCCUAUCUACCUGGACUAAAAUCACAAGGGAAAACUCAAUUUUAACAUAUGAAUGGACACCAUUGGCUUUCCUUUUGUAAAGAGUCCAAACUUCAUGCAUAGGUAGUGUGAAUGUGAUUUAAAAUAUAGCUGUAUCACGUGCAUACAAAAUAUAUAAAUAACAUUUAUACACCAUAUAAAAAAAAAAAAAAGGUAAAUUUAACAUAGAAUUGUAUUGUUUGUAAGAGUGUGAGAUUGUGGUAGCUUAUUCUUCAGAUACAAUGUAAUUACUUUAUUGCGCUUGCAAAUUCAUGAUUGCAUCACUGUUUUGUCAGCCUUUGUCACUUUCAAAAUAGCAGCCAAAAUAAAAUGCAAUGGGCAGUGAGAUUAUCUAGUGCUCCAUCAACUGUAAUGCUUACUCAAGGAGGGCAAUGUCCUCUUCCUAAAUGUGAAUUUCCAUGUCAAAAUCCAUGACCUAUUUAAAAAUAAAUAACAUUGCUUUUUUUAGUUUGUGUGCUCUGGGGAUAUGACACAAGGAUCCCCCCCCCCCUCCAAGUUACAGAGCUAUAAUUUUUAAUGCUAUUUAAUAAUAGAUUUAUUCUCUAACCCGGGAUAAGUUGGUUAUUGACCGAGGGAUUCCACAUUACAGGCAAAGAUAGUUGAGCUGGGAUUACAGUAUAGUUUGUCACUUUUCAGUUAGGCUAUUUUAGUCUAACCAUUAACAGUUCUGUAUUGUGUUGAUGGUAUGAUUUUGUUAUUUGUUUUUUGACACAUUUCUAUUGUGUUGUGAAGAACAUGACUUCAUUUAGCAAGUGUUUUUAGAUUUAUCCAGCCUGUCAUUGGCUAAGCCUGUAACAUGCAGUAAGCAGGGCUUUCUGGCAUAUAGAGCAUUCGUUUAGUAUUUCUAUGAAGAACGCAAAGGUUGACUUCUCUGUCCUACAAUAAAUAUGAGCAUCUUGGGACCUUCCAUCGGAUUUCCCCUAAUAUAUAUUUUUUUGUUUUACAACUCUCUCUAUGCAGAUCUUGGAUUGCUUUUAAUACAUGUUGCAAAGUACAUGGAUCCAAAAGUCCCUUUUUAUACUCAUAAAUCAUACAGGAAAGUGUUUUUUGAUGAACAUAUGGUACUAUGGUACAGGAAAUAGCAUAAUUUCAUCUUCCUGUAAACUAGCUUCAUAUACAAUAUACAAACAAAUGUUCAGCAUAUGGAGAGAUAAGUUAAAUGUAAUACUAUGUGAAUCAGGAAGUUUCAUUUUGGUUAGAAGUUUAAAAAAAGAAUGAUAUUCUAUCUUUACAAAAUUAUGUGGGCUUGUACUAUUUUAACUCUAAAUGGCAUUAAAGACUGUAUUCUAAUUCAUGCAAUAAUACAUUGGGCAGUUGGCAUUUUAUUGUGAAACAUAUUUUAACAAUCUUCUUUGAGUCCUGUAGUUGGCUUCUACAAAAUAUAGCUUUGUUCAUGGUAUUCAAGGUAUCCCCUUUAAUUUUAUGGGACCAUUCUCUAAUGUAAUUUGUUCCAUUUUGAAUAUACCUCUCCUCUAAAGCAAAAUUGAAAAGAUAUGUGUAAAUUAAGAUAUUUUCUGCUUUGCAGAGUCACUGUUCUUAUUGAAGCCCAUCUGCAUUGGAUGCAUAUUUAAAAAUCAGCUCAUAAAUCUGGUAUGCUAACAAAAAUACCCCUUAUUGGAUUGAAAAAUUCUGGUCGAUAUAACAAAUGCUGAUAAGACUGCUAAAUUAUACAGAUUUCUGUUUUUAUUGAUGCGGUCACCUCAAUGGAGCCAUCUAUUAGCAGGCCAUGGGGGGGACCUAACAAGUGUGGCAGGUGGGUGUCCAGUUGUAUUUGGAUGUCUGGGUUGGCUGUGCGAUGGCUUAAGUAAUGUGUUACAAUACCCUAUAUUCGCUGGCCUAACGUGGAGGUCAAUAAGAGCAAAGCAGUUAACAUAAAUGUGACCUGAUCAUAAACAGAUAAGAAAAGAGGAAAAUAUGAUGACUGUAAUCAUUGUGGAAAAAUAAUCUUGAGAGGAUUUUAAUUGAUUUUAAUAACAGAAACAAAUUAAUGCCAGACUGAAAAUUAUGUAAUUUCCAUCAAUGAUUUGUUCCAAUUAAAGUGUCUGGGUUUUUUUCGUGUCAAAUGUUCUUAUAAGGGAUUAAUCACUCAAGUGGAACUUGCAAAACUUUAGGUCAAAAUAGUUGACUGAUAUAAAAUUCCAAUUCUGUGUGAUUGUUUGGACUUAGAAUGAAUGUGCUCUUCCUAUUCCAUUGCUCCGCAGUUCCAGAAUGUGCUCUUCCUAUUCCAUUGCUCCGCAGUUCCAGAAUGUGCUCUUCCUAUUCCAUUGCUCCGCAGUUCCAGAAUGUGCUCUUCCUAUUCCAUUGCUCCGCAGUUCCAGAAUGUGCUCUUCCUAUUCCAUUGCUCCGCAGUUCCAGAAUGUGCUCUUCCUAUUCCAUUGCUCCGCAGUUCCAGAAUGUGCUCUUCCUAUUCCAUUGCUCCGCAGUUCCAGAAUGUGCUCUUCCUAUUCCAUUGCUCCGCAGUUCCAGAAUGUGCUCUUCCUAUUUCAUUGCUCCGCAGGUCCCAGAUUAAUGAAAUAAACGCCUAGUGUUUAGCUGUGCUUUGAUCAGUAUAAAAUAUAAAUGUUGCAACAACUAAUUUCAAAUGCUGCUUUGCAACACUGUUCUGGCUAAUAUAGAACAUUUCAAACAUAAUUAUUUUUUAAAUUGAUGCUGCGUGUCUGGUUUUCUACGUGCCUCUCUCUGCUUGCCCAUCAGGAAUUUUUGAAAUCAUGUUUGUAAUGAUCUUUUUUUCGCUGUAGUAGCUGUUUAAAUUGCGCUCAAGAACACUGCAGGCUGAGGGGAGGCUGCUUUUCAAAAUUAUGUUGACCUGACGAUUUAGCUUCUACCAGUGCAAAUCAUUACUCCGUCUUUGACGUGAUUGGGUUUCUGUCAAAUGCUGUUUAGCUAAGCACUUACAAUAUAGCAAGUGUCACAUCAUUCUUUUAAGGUAUUUAUUUAUUUUUAUUUUUUUUAGUAUGCAUCUUAAGCCCCUCUUCCUUCCACAAAAAAAAUAUAUAUAUAUUUAUUUUAAAACUGCCCCAGCUAAUUGAGUUUAGACCGAAUAUGCAAAGAAAACAUUUAAAAUGUCACACUGGAUAGCAGUGCACCAUUGGAGAUGACUGUAUACAACACUGUUGUAUUUGAAGACAGUCUCUCAAAGCUCUUAUUAAAACCUCCCUAUGCAAUAAUUAUUUCAGUAUUUGCUUUCUAGCAUGAACUCAGGUGUUACCUGCUAGAAUUGCAGAUUAACCUGUUGGCUUUUGCUAAUGCCAGUAAACAAAUCUGCAGUUUGGCGCCGUCUUGGCAAACCUUGGCAUGGCUACAGUUUUUAAAAGGCUGGGUGAACAUGCUGUGUCACCUAGUCCACAAAUAUCUUCUUUGCGAAGUUACCACUGCAGAGUUUAGCUAUUGCUCGUCCAUUGAUGUAUAACCAAAAAAAAAGAUGUCCAGGAGUAUACAAAUACGGGACCUCCACUGAAAUACAAUUCCCAUGAAUCUUUGCUUCUCAUGUGCUUGUUGUAGUUUGUGAUUCAUGGGAGGUGUACUGAGGAAGUCUGGUAUUCGGAUUCUCCUGUUGUACAAUGUAUUAGUACUUUAGAGCCUUUGCAUUAAAAAGCUUUACCUAUGAAGGUAUGUUGGGAAUAGAAAACUGUAUAAAUAGCAAGUCCCUUCUAAUUAGUGAUGCAAUUUUAUCUCUUGGGUCAAUGGGCUAGUUUAAUCUCAUGCUUUGUGCUCACUCCUCGUGUUUCUAUUUUGACACAGAGUACGACUGCAUGCUAUACACAAAUGCUACACUUCAGAAUCGCACAUCAGUACAGGUCCUGGAACAUCCAGACUUUAUUUAAAGAAAUUACUCGGCUAUCUACUUUGUAAAAAUGAGACCAGCUUCUUCGAUACUAAUAUCAUAUAAAUUUAUUUAUUUAUUUAUAAAAUAUUUUACCAGGAAAGAUACAUUGAGAUUUCUCUCGUUUUCAAGUAUGUCCUGGGUCCACAAAUCAUUGCAUUGUUACAUUAGGUACAACAAAAUACAAAAACAAUAUUAAUACACAAUAUAUACAAAAUUUAACAUAGAACAGGCAGGAAAUAUAUAAUCAACCAUGACACAUGCAUUCUGUUUUGAGGUAUGUAGAGAGGGAUCUCUUAAAUGACUUUAGGCUUAGGGAAGAUUUUAAAUUGUGCGGGAGGUCGUUCCACAAUUGCGGCGCUCUGUAGGAGAAGGAGGAUCGGGCCGCUUUCUUUUUGUAUUGAGGUAGACUAAAGUGCUUGUACUGGAUCGGAGGUUAUAGAAAGUGGGAACAGCUAAGGAAAGCAUUUUGUUCAGGUAGGGUGGGAGUUUCCCAGAGAAGCUCUUAAAAACAAGGCUGGAAAUAUGAAGGGUGCGUCUGGAUUCCAGCGACAGCCAGUUUAGUUCCUUUAGCAUGUCACAAUGAUGGGUCCUGUAAUUACAUUGUAGCACAAAUCGGCAGAACGAGUUAUACAAUGUGUUGAGUUUAUUAAUGUGGGAUCGCGAUGCAGACGCAUAUACUACAUCCCCAUAAUCAAUGAUUGGCAUCAGCAUUGGCUGUACAAUCUUUUCCUUUACUGUAGGGCUUAGGCAGGCUUUGUUUCUGUACAGGGCACCUAAUUUUGGAUAAAGUUUAGAUGCAAGCUUUUCUAUGUGCAGGCCAAAAGAUAGAUUGGGGUCUAAUAUCAUACCCAAGUAUUUGAAAGAGUGGACUGCGGUCAGUGUGCCAUUUGAAUUUGUUUUGAUGGAUAGGUGGGGAUUGUGUAAUUUGUGCAAUUUAGGUACUGUUCCAAAGAUCAUUGUGACAGUUUUGUCAGUGUUCAGGAAGAGUUUGUUUUUUGCGAUCCACUUUUCUACCUCUGUAAACUGGUCUUGGAGCAAAGCCUCAAGUUGCGGUAGAUUGGGUUUGCUCGCAUAGAUUACCGUGUCAUCUGCGUACAUGUGUACAUUUGAGGAUUGGCAGACAUAAGGCAGAUCAUUUAUAAAUAAUGUAAAUAGUAGGGGGCCGAGAAUGGAACCCUGGGGAACACCACACGUGACCGGGAGAGGGAGGGAGUCACUGUCAGAAAUGGACACAUAUUGCGAGCGAUCCGAUACAUACGAUCGAAACCAGUUUAAAGAAUGAUCACCAAUACCUGAGUUUUCGAGUUUGUGCAGUAGAAUGUCGUGGUCUACUGUGUCAAAGGCCUUAGCAAAAUCAAGGAAAAUAGCUCCAGUUAGGGCUCCUUGUUCCAUGCCAGUUUGGAUGUCAUUGCAAACUUUUAGGAGGGCAGUUGUAGUGGAGUGAUUCUGGCGAAAGCCCGAUUGAUCAGGGGUCAGAUAGUUUAAUUGUUGGUAGUACUCACAAAGUUGCGUAUGGACACAUUUUUCUAAGAUUUUUGACAAUACCGGGAGCAAUGAUAUUGGGCGAUAGUUAGAAACCAAAGUAGUGUCACCACUUUUAUGGAUAGGCACUACUCUCGCAGUCUUCCAAAGUUUGGGUAUGUAUCCAGACACCAAGGAUUCGUUAAUUAGAGUUGAGACGGGUUUAGCAAUUGCCGGCGCACUGAGCUUCAACAGCAUUGCUGGGAUUUGAUCAGGUCCGGACUGGUUUUUCAUUUUUAGAUUAUUAAGAUGUUUUUUAAUGACACUAACAGGUACAGGUCUAAAAUUAAACUUAUCUAUAUUGGGCCUUUGCAAAUUUAGUGGGGCCUGAUCCACAUUUGUAGUUUCAGGAUGCGUGUCAUUUAUUAGCUUGUCAAUCAGGGCAGUAGAGCAUCCGACAAAAUAAUUGUUAAAGGCAUUUGCAACAUCUAAAGGAAGUUGCAGGGUUUGGUUACCCACUUUGACAGUGGAGGGUUGGGAGUGGAUUGGGGGAGUUUGUAGUUUAUUUAUGACUUUCCAAAAGUUUCUACGUGUGCUUAGUCUAAAGUUGACGUCACAGACAUUUUGAGCAAACUUCUAAAAUUGGAGCAAUCACCAUAGAAAACAAUGGAAUUCUGCUUGCUCGACUUUUAGAACUUUGGCCUGGUAGUUCUUUACAAUUAACCUCUGUCUACAAGUUUCUGUGUCUUGCUUUUCUUCAGAUAUAAAACACCAGAUCCAUUUUUAUGGAAAGAACAUGUGCGUUAGCGUUGACGGCACAUUUUAAUUGAUAACUUUAACAUUUUUAAAUUUGUGGGUUUUUUUUUUUGUAAAAAACAAACAAACAAACACACCAAACAAUUUAAAUGUAAGCCUGUCUUGGCACAGCCUGGCAUUCUAUGCAAACACUGCAUAUAUGCAGGGAGCAUCAGGGGAAAAAGAUACUCCACAAACAUACACAUGCGAGACAUCUUAAGAAGGUAGCCUCCUUGAUCACCCAGAGAUUUCUGCCUCCCACUUCUGCACACCCCACCAAAGAAAAUGCUUCAUUAUGAAGGUGACCAUUUAAUAAGUAGUUGGUUGAGCAGUUAUACAUUAUGAAUUUCAGACAAAUUAAAUAAACCAUAUUGAGCAUUUUCUGCUGGAGAUGCUAGAGUCCAUUAGAACUUUUUAAAUAUAAAUUAGGCAUUAAUGAAGUGGUCUGGGUGCCAGGUCCAGCUAGAUUUAACCAUUUUUAUGGUAAACAACUGCUAUGUUUACCUAUGGGUUAAUCCAGCCUCUAGUGGCUGUCUCAUUGACAGCCACUAGAGGCGCUUCGGUGCUUCUCACUGUGAUUUUCACAGUGAGAAGACGCCAGCGUCCAUAGGAAAGCAUUGAGAAAACUCUCCUAUGGACUGGCUGAAUGCGAGCGCGUCACUGGCCGCGCAUGCGCAUUCAGCAGUUGACAUCAGAAAAGGGAGCCCGCCGCUGGAAAAAAGGUAAGGGACUAACCCCUUCCUCCCCCUUCAGCGCUACGGCAGUGGGACCCUGAGGGUGGGGGCACCCUCAGGGCACUAUAGUGCCAGGAAAACGAGUUUGUUUUCCUGGUACUAUAGUGGUCCUUUUAAGCCUUUCCCAUAGAAAAAAACAUUGAAUCAGUGCUUUCCUAUGGGUGUUUUUAGAUAGUGGACAUACUGUAGCGUUACUUACCUUAUCCAGGGGCCGGCCGCGGUCCUCUCUUCGAGCCGCGCGCGGUCCUGCUGCUGCACAAGCCGCGAGCGGCUCAUCUGACAGCUUCACUAGGAAGGCGGGCAGUGCACGUGUCCCGCCUGAAUCUAAGAGCGCCCCGCGAGUCUCGGGCGCGCUCUUAAAGAGACAGUGGGAGCCUAAAUUGUUAAAAGGCUCCCAUUGGCCCCUGUCAUGCCACACUCCCCAUACACUUACCUUUUGGGGGUGUGGAUAUGACAGGAGCCAAUCACAUUAGUUUAGAAGCUAUUUAAACUUACCUCUCCCUUUACUCCCUGCCCUAUCGUGGUUUCUGUUUCAGUUCCCUUUAGCGCUUGUUGUGUUCAGUUGUGUUUUCUCCGUAUUGACUUUGGCUUUGUUUCUGACUACGGUUUCUCUUUAUCCUUAUCUGUUCUGGUUGUCGGCUUCCUGUUUACUGUGUACCAGACCCCGGCUAGUCCUAGUUUACGCUGUCUCUCUGUGCCCUUGACUUCGGAUCGUUCCUGACUCUGCCUCCUCUCAUAUACGUCGAGUCCGGCCAUUCUAAGGUCCGGUAGACGUAUCUCUCCUCUGUUUUGUCUUCUGUUUAGCUGAAUCCUGCGUGUUGGGGUACGUUCUCGUUACACAUCCUCAUUCAAAGCGUCAGAACGUCUAGCAUCGUUUCAUGGAGUUAAACUUUGUAAAACUGCAGGAAGUGCCUUUAGUGGCUGUCUACUAGAGGUAGUCUUCACCCUGCAAUGUAAACAUUGCAUUUAUUCUAAAACUACAAAGUUUUCAGCUGCAUGAUUUAAGGGGACAGGGACACUGCACCGAUUGGAUGAAGUGGUCUGGGUGCCUAGUGUACAAUUAAAGUUUGUCUUGUUUACCCUUUGUACAACAUUGCAGAACAUGUUGGCUCUAUAUAAAUAAUUUUAAUUGUAACUUAUGCACACAGUAUUUUGAUGUAUGCAUCUGACUCCUGUAGUAGACCUGGCAUAAAAAAAAAAGCUUAUUUUAUUAGCAAAAUACAUUUUUGUAAAAUUAUUUUUCUCACCACACUGGAUGUUUUUGGUAUUUUUCAUUCCUGACUACUCUACCAGAGUCUGGGAGCCUGAGGAUUCUGCAUAGUAUCUUAGCUGUUCCUAGAACUGCACUCUUCUGGACAGCGAUCUCAGAUGUCACUCUUGGAAUCUGCUGAAGCCCCAAGUGCCCCGAACACUACUGGGAGAAAAAAAUGCUUUUGCUUUCCACAUCGCAUAUAUCCUAUACAUGCCGCAUAUAUAUAUAUAUAUAUAUAUAUAUAUAUAUAUAUAUAUAUAUAUAUAUAUAUAUAUAUAUAUAUAUAUAUAUAUAUAUAUAUAUAUAUAUAUCUCUCUAACUGAACACAAAUAUCAGUGUUUAAGAGCAGAAAAAUGAAUAAUAUCAGGAAAAGGGAAGUUUUUGUGUGACAAAAUGCAAAAAAGUAGCUACUAAAACAUACUGGACACACCCCAUUUUGAAUACCCCGGGUUGUCUACUUUUGCAUGGUAUACCAUGAUGGAGGUAAUUUUAAUUCCUGUGCUGCCAAACGGUCACAAAGGUGACCGGCUCAGCAAACCAAUCUGGCAAAUCUCAUUGUGUAAAAACUGAAAUGAGCAAGCUCAUAAUUUGGCCCUUUAACUUUCCAAAACCCUCAACCUGUAGAUGGGGGUACUCCCUGAACACAAAUGUGUGUAUUAAUGCCAUGCAAAUGUUGGAAAAGAACAUUUCAUAAUUUCUUACACUUUAAGAUUUUGAUUAAUUUUAAAUUGUUUCAUAUCUAAAUAUUUGAUGUGAAAUGAACGCCCCCUUUCCUGGGAAAAAAAAGAUAGAUAUAAUAAAUGUGGGUGCAUUUAAUAUGAAAGAGGUUAAUUAUGGUUGAACAGACCUAUAGCAAACGUUUCAGUUUUAGCUCAGAACUUAUACAAUUGUGUUUGGGGUUAACUUGCUUUAUCCAUUUUUAUUUCCUGCUUCAUAAAUUGAACUUUAAUCACACACAAGAGGCUAUCAACCUAGCAGGAGAUAGGAAAUGCUAAAUUAAACAGAAUGUGCAAUAAAGAAUGUUCAAACAUUAGAUCUCUCUUUACAGGAAGUGUCUAGGAAGGCUAAGUCACAUGCAGGGAGGUGUAACUAUGGCUUCAUAAACUGAUUUAAAAGGACACUCCGGUCACCAUAACAUAAAAUAAAUGAAGCUAAGGGGUUAAACUGUUCUCGAAUGGUUUAUCCCGGAAGGUUGCCUCCAGUGCCAUUCCUCUUCUGAAUCAAAGUUACAGGAAGCGUGGAGUGCCACAUUGCCCUGUGGCCCUCCAUGCUUCUUGUUACUAAGAUUCAGAAGCCGGAUCCUGCCUAGGUGACCUGGAGCUAGGCACUGGAGGCAACCUUUGGUGUUAAAUUGUUCGAGAAUGGUUUAACCCCUUAUGGUAAGAAUGCACAGAGUCGGCCUCCAGGCACCAUAACACCUUCAUUUAGGUGAGCUAUACACUAAAACUGCUUUAUUGACUGAAAGUUGAUUUGGUGCCUAUAGUAUAGGACACUGAAUCCGCUUAUUACUGGAUGUUUAAUGGUAAUAUUCUCCUCUUGCCAAUUUCAUGGCACUCAAGCAAAUGCUUAUUGUUUGAAAAUAUAAAAAGUUAUAAUAGUAAAUAAAAUGUAGUAUGUAAUUUAGAAAGGGGAAACUUCAGAACUUUAAGUUUACAGUCUGAAAAAAUAAAUAAAAAAAUUGUUACUCUGAUCUAGAUUUAAAUGCAAACCUACCCAAAAUCUAAUAGUAUAUUACAUUAUGUGAUAUAUUAUGUAUUUUCUCACUAUCUGCUACCAGGAUUUGAACCUGUGUUUGAAAAGGUUGUAGAGAUGGUUUAAAAAAAAAAAAACUGUGUGUGUGUGUGUGUAUAGAAAUAUAUUUAUUUAUUUUACAUAAAGUUAUUGUAACUAAUAAAUGGUAUAAACUAUAGAAUAUUCUUUAUCUAUUUAUUAAUAUUAAGACCUAUUCUUUAUAGGAUUUCCCCCCCCACCCCUCCCUCCGAUUCUUUUUAAACCACAGAAUAUAUAUAUAUAUAUAUAUAUAUAUAUAUAUAUAUAUAUAUAUAUAUAUAUAUAUAUAUAUAUAUAUAUAUAUAUAUAUUAUAUAUAAUAUUAUUUUCGAAUGCAAAGUUCACACAAUAUAAAGCGGUUUGAUGCAAACUGUGAGUACCCUGACUACCCAUCGUCAAGCCCCUCUAUUGGUGUUAUUGAAGAAGUUGAUCCCUUUCUGCAUUGGAUAUAUCAACUCCGUCCAGAGUUGGAUGAAAUCUAUUGGCUUAGGGUGUAGCUAACAUUCUCAGCCAAUGAAUUCCUUCCAAUCGUUGGCAAGUUUGAUAUAACUAAUGUGAAAGAGAAACGCCAGACACUACCGGUAAAGUUUUAUGCAAAACUGUGGCACAGCACACCUGGGCAAAGCUGCGGGGACUAUGGUGUUCAGAAGGCCCCUUUAGUGGCUUGAUAAGUUGUUGUACCUUUAUUAAGCAUUUUAAUCGUGGUUUUUUUAUUUUUUUUCUGUUUUUUUUUUUUUUUGUUUGUUUUUUUUCUUAGUAAUAUAAAAUAAGUUAUUUGUUCUUAAAGGGACACUCCAGGCACCCAGACCACUUCUGCCCAUUGGAGUGGUCUGGGUGCCAACUCCCACUACCCUUAACCCUGCAACUGUAAAUAUUGGAGUUUUCAUAAUCUGCAAUAUUUACCUUGCAGGGUAAACUCCUCCUCUAGUGGCUGUCUACUAAAUAGCCACUAGAGGGCACUAACUGGUUUAUAGCACAGAUGGUUUAUCGCACAGUGCUAUAGCGUCGCUGGACGUCCUCAUGCUAUGUGAGGACCUCCAGCGUCGCUGAAAUCCCUAUUGGAAAGCAUUAAAAGCAUUUUCAAUGCUUUCCUAUGGGGAGGUCUAAUGCGCAAUAGGUCUCCCCCGGAUGACGUCGGCGGGAGAGGAGCAUGGGCGGAACCUGAACCAGCGCAGAGGGAUACAGGUAAGUCACUGAAGGGGUUUUAACCUGGGAUGGGGGGUGGGAGGGAGAGGGGACCUGCAGUGCCAGGAAAACGGUUUGUUUUCCUGGCACUGGAGAGUCCCUUUAAUGAACAUAUUUUAUAGUGCGACUGACUAAAUUGUAUGUACAAGAAAAUGGAAUAAACUAGAACUGAUGAAAAAUACAACACAACCUGAAUUAAAAACAUUAUCAUUAUUUUCAGGGUUAUUUAUUAAAUUGAGAAUUGUCAUGAACUCAAAGUGAAUUUAAGAAAAUUUAAGGUAAAUAUAGCUGAAUUUGGAACAUUCUCCAAGCCAGCUAUGCUUCCAGGUCAGUAAUUCUUGUCUAAAUUUAGAAUUUUUUGCUCUGAAUUCACUUAAAAUUUCUUGUAAUUCCCACCUGAGUGAAUAACCCUGUUUGUAUUAACGUAGCAAUGAUCCAUUUACUUUCUUACUGAACCAUGCUUCCUCUUAGUGAUCUCAUUGCUUUGUGCGUGUUUAACAGCCACGUCUCCUGCCUCUGCAGGUGGCCUCAGAGUUCCAAUGACGCUACCUGAAGAAGAAAUCUUUUUUUCAAGCAUUCUUACAGCUAUAGUGUGUUCAGGACUAUUGCUUUGUACUGAGUGUGCAUUUCAAACCGCUUUAAAUGUGUUUUUGCUGUACUUUGUGCAUGUACUGAAAGGGUUAAAAUGCCAUAGGUAUAUUAAACCUCACGAACUGUCAAGUCACUGCCUAUUGUAAAUAUCCUAGAGGCAAACGUACAGGUAUUUUAAAUGGAUUAUUCUAUUUUUAUAACUUCCCUUAUAAACCCGUUUGUUGUGUUUUUUUUUUUUGUUUGUUUGUUUGUUUGUUUUUUUUUAUCUAAAAAAAAAAAAGACAUAUAAAGUGUAUAGCAGUAGUUAAUUCUAACACGGAACAAAUUUCCAGAAAGUACGUGCAUGCAAGGGACAUGUGCUCAGACGUGUAUCCUUUUGUAAUCGGGUUAGGUUGUGAACUAUAACCCACGUCACUCGGCAAACAAUGCGUUCAUAUCCUUUGCAGACCAAGUAUGCUGGAUUCCCCAAUUAAGUGUUUUUUUUUUUUUCUUAAGUAUCUGAACUUGUACUUUGUAGGGAUAAUAGGCCAGAACAAAAGGUCAACACACGAAGACUUGGCAUUAAUUAGGGGAGAGUAGACGUGUCUUUAGUGUGUGUGACCAUUAAGUGGAUUUCCCACAGUCCUCUUACAGUAAGACCAUUUUUCAAAUGGAGUGACUAAUACAGUGCAAAGUGCAGUUGGAACCAAUGUUUUGACCUGUCAAGUGUGUUUAACCCUUUCACUUGCAAGCGAUUUUUGAGCAGUAACUAGAUUGUUCCAAGCAUAGCUUAGACAAACUAUUUCAGCUCCUCACAAAUAAUCGUCACUGUAUUCAUGCAUUCCUCUUUUUCCCCAGACAAAAAAAAUGGAAGGGGAACACAAUUCUUAGAAAUGUUAUAUAAAUUGUAAAUGAAAUACCAUGAAAACUAACUCUAUUUCUUCCAAAUUUUUGUUAGCUUCCAAUUUUUAAUUUUUCACUUUUUUUUAAUUUUUUUUUAUUGAUGCUUUUUUUGAAGAUCUUAACAUUGGGGUUCGGGCUAGACUGGAUCCGUACGGUGGGGGUUAAGUUGCUAUGUAUUCAUGUUGAAUUUUCUUGUCUAUUUUAUCCUUUUUGUAUCUCAUACCCUACAGUGUUUUUUUGUCAAGAAGGUGACUUUGUAACGUCAGAAGUGAAGGAUCACUGGAAAUUGGACACUAUUAAUAAAAUGUUGAUGAGGGAAAAAGCUGCUGUGGAUAAUGUUCAAGGUUCAUUCACAGUUCAAGGUUGGACUCCAAUGGAAUGUCAAGCGGAGGUCAGGUUGUGUUGUCUAAUAUUAACACAGUCUCAAGGACAUGUGAUUGACUUGGCAACCAUGUAAAAAAUAUGUUGACUGCGAACGCAAUUGUAAGAUGUGUUUUCUUUUGUAAGCUGCAUAUAAAUGGUCACACCCCUUUAAAAAACAUUCUGCUUAUUGGACCUGCCCUGUACCCUUGCCCUGUACUUGGUGUUCAGCGCCUGGGUGUGUUAACCACAUUGACAUCUGUUACUUCAACAUCAUAUUUCAGUUCCGGUCCAGUUAUUAAAGGGACAUUCCAGGCUAAAGUUUAGCCACUCUCUCUUAUUUUUUUUUUUUUUUAUGCACUGAAACAUGCUAAAGCAAUAAAUUUAAAAACAAAAAAAGUCAUUGCUAAAUAAUUUAUACUCACACUUGAACUUCUUGUGUCUGCUGCAACUCCCCAGACUGUGCAGCUGCUGCCGAAUGCUCACCAAAGCCAGGAAGUUAGUCAGCCAAUCACGCCAUCAAUAAAAUGUCUGAGCUUAUCCGAGUAGCUGUGUUUUUUUGGGUCACAGCAAGGACUUUUGUGGGUUUUAGUAUAAUUGCUAAAUUUCUACAUUAGAGUGUUAACUGCUGAACUACAAUUCACAAAAAUCCAAGUCAUACGAUCAUCUACUGCAGUAUUUGUUUGGAAAAAUAAAAAUACUGGUAUGUUGGAAGGGAAGGUCAGAGUGCAUGCAUUCAUUGGGAAGCAAAACUAAUUAGUAUGAAAUGUAAAGAUUCUCCAACCCCACCUUUUUUUUUUUUUUUUUUUUUUUUUUUUUUUUUUUUUUUUUUUUUUUUUUUUGGGUUAAACCAAUUAAUAAUGUCCUAUUGGCAUUAUUCACCACGGUACACCCUGUUCUAAACGCUUGAAAAGCAUUCUAAAUGCAGGUGUUAAUCAACACUGGGCAAAGUUGCUGGAGCUGCACGGCAUGCUCCAUCUGAUGUCACAGGAGCUGCGCUUAAGUCCAAUAAAAGAAAGGCAUUUGAUUUUACCUUUUAACCGGGUCAGAGCGCAUGCACACACUGAGUUUGGAUGAGAAAAGAGAGGGAAAGAAACAUGGAGGGAGGGCAUUGGAAAGAUCCAAUAUUGGGUGAUUAUAGGGACUUGGGAGAUCUACAGUGAUGGAGAGAGGGGGAAGCAUCGUACAUUCCAUCUGAUAUGGGUUCUUGGAGUGUCACAUCAGGUUGAAACGUGUUGCUGCUUUUUGAGUUCAUUGUACAAAGCUAAAUUCUUUCUUUGUCCUGUACAAAAAAAUAAAAUAAACAAAACCGUUUUACAGAUGUAAACCUCUAAAUAAAUCCUAAUCAGUGCUGAUUUAUCAGUUGUAAAAAGAGCAUUCUUCCACAAAAAAUGUAGAUUGCAGUCUGUUUCUGUUAGAUAUACACAUAAUUUAUACACUGUGCUAGUAAAAUUACCUGCAGAUCUAUAAAUUAAGAGAUCUCCUACCCGUUAAUUCUACUCUUGCCACCCAGAGCCGCCCCUCUUGUCUCCCGAAACUGAUUCAUGUUGGUUUGGAUUUCAUGUUCGGAAUCCUUGCACUCUCUGAUGGGAGCAUACUUGACAAGUAGACCUACUGUAACAUCUUUUCUGUCUCUUUCAAGAUGGUUUUUGUAAAUGAAUGUGUGCACAGCUGCCGGUACCUGAAUGAAUUUUCUGGCAUCAAAUUAUGCAUGUCGUUUGAGACUGGUAUCUGCACGUCUGCAGUAUAUAUUGUUUGCAAAAUUCAGCAACUAAGCAGUGGAAUUUAUAUAUGUUGUAGUAGAAGAUAAUGCCAUUCAGAGAUUCUCGAGACAUCAUAAUAAAUUGCAAGAAUAAAGUCAAAUGAUUUUAUAAAUGUCUCCAGAACCACAGUAUAGCAUUGUUAUCAACUUAUACACAGAGCCGUCUUAACGUAUGGGCACUUUCUGGGCAUUUCCCCAGGAGCCCCACGAGCAUAGGUGCACCAUAGGCUUGCCAACUUUUUAGUAUAUUAAUUCGGAAUACUUUUUCAGAAUCUUCAAACCCUCUUCACUAAAACAUUUAGGUGGACUAAUCACCUUAUUAUCAGCUGUUAUCUGUACAUUCAAUCUUGCUGUUGCAAAUACAUAUUUUGACCUUGACGAAAAAACGUACAUGUACUAAUUGUACAUAAGCAAGACCUAAUCCACAAACAAUUUAGUUAACCCGUAAAUCUAUAAUAAAGUUCUUAUAAUAUUUUUUUACCAUCCAUGUCAGUUGCCUCCCACUGCUACCUUAUAAACGUAAAUAAUGAAAGAAAUUGAACGGAGGUCAAUGAAGUUGGAAGGCUAUGAAGCAACAAUGGCUUUGUUUCGGUUUUCUUUAACUCUGUUCUGCACCUAUUGACACACAGUUUUUAAAUCUGCUGUUUCUCCCUUCCUUCUAAUUCCUCGCCCCACCACAAACAUGCAGGAAGCAUUGUCUCCUUUUCUAACUUCAAGGCUCAUGUAAAAUUGUCCAAACAUUUGUGGUGUUCAAUCUCUGCUGUACAGCUUUUUUUUUAAUGUUUAAAUACAGAUUUUGUUGGACGUAUCAAUAAAUAUUAGCUUCAUGUCAUAGAUAAUUUCAAUUUUUUUUAUUCCUGUGAGUGAUUGUGUAGGCACUGCUUUGCCUUUAAUGCUGGUAAGACGGCACUGCUUAUACAUACUCCAUCAUCGGGUAGCUUUUAUAUUAUGUGAUAAUUUUUCGUUAAGGUUUUGUUAAGUCGUGGUAAGUGUUAAAGGAUCACUAUAGUGCCAGGAAAACAAACUCGUUUUCCUGGCACUAUGUAGUCCUUAGGUCCCCAACACCCUCAUGGCCCCCCUCCCGCUGGGCUGAAGGGGUUAACACUUACCUUUCUCCGGCGCUGGGGAACUCUCCUCCUCCUGCCAACGUCAGCGUGGCAUGCACGGCAAGAGCCGCGCGCAUUCAAACCGGCCAUAGGAUAGCAAUACUCAGUGCUUUCCUAUGGAUAUCAGCAUCUUCUCACUGUGAUUUUCAGUGAGAAUCGCGGAAACAGCCUUAAGUGGCUGUCAGGGAGACAGCCACUAGAGGCCGAAUUAACCCUCAGUGUAAACAUCGCCGUUUCUUUGAAACGGCUAUGUUUACAGCUGCAGGGUUAAAACCUGGUGGACCUGGCGCCCAGACCACUUCAUUGAGCUGAAGUGGUCUGGGUGCCUAUAUUGGUCUUUUAAGGUAGUGUUUUGUUGAUGAGAAGUAUUUACUAUGAGGGUAGGACAUACAUUGCAGCAAUUUAGGAGACCUUGAAAGAUGCAAAUUAAAAAAAAAAAAAAUUAUUUAUAUAUAUAUAUAUAUAUAUAUAUAUAUAUAUAUAUAUAUAUAUAUAUAUAUAUAUAUAUAUAUAUAUAUAUAUAUAUAUAUAUAUAUAUAUAUGUGUGUUAAUUCAACAUAUUUUACAGAACUUUUUGCACUUUAAACCAUUAAUUAUGGCUUGCAUUUUAGUGUUACACUUGCCCUUCCAUACUUUAAAAAAAAAUCUUUUAUUUGUUCUACGUUGGAGACAAAUUAUUAGUGUGCUUAUGUAGGCAAGUCUCAAUUGCUCGUCUCUUAAACACUUGUGUUAUUACUUUUACACUGGUCCAUUCUAAUUAGUGGCUUGUCUGUUUGGCCAUCAUUUACACAGAUGUAAUAGAGCAAAAAUAGAUUUCUAUUAUGAUACGUUUAUGAUUUAACAUAAGACUGAGGUUUGAGUUAUGUAUAAAAGGAAUGGAGAUGUGACAGAAACCCCGAAAAAUGUUUAAAGACAAGGCCAGCUGCCUCUUGCUUUUGUCUGGUGCUACAGAGCUAAGAUGAAUCAGGAUUUUGUAAUGAUUAAUGUUUUAGAACCAAUUAAAAUUCCAUAUUUUUUUUUCCCCUCAUAGAACGAACGUAUUCGUUCAACCAUACAAGAUAACAUGAAGAAAAACCGUAACAGUCUGUUUGUUUUUUGAGCAUCCAUAGCUUAUUUUUGGCACACCAGCUGUUUUUAACUAUAGUAUCAUGAUGCCCAUCAAUCUGAAUAUUCAACAGCUGGAACACCUAAGUUGAUCAAUUAUUGUUUUAGUCCAUCACCAACUGUAGCAGCAUUUCUAGAUCUGACAGUUUGAGCUACUGGGCUUGCGAGGUAGCACAGUUUUUUAAAGAGCUACUUAUUUAAAAUGUUCCCCUUUCCCAAAAUAAUAAUGCCUUAUUUGGAUAUUUUUAACUUGGUGCCUCUUCCUCCCCCUGUCCCCCCUCUUCCUUUCCCCUCCCCCAUAAUUUUAAAAUUUCUAAAAUGAGCAAUAAACUUUCCUGGAAUGCUCCCCUCGCUGGUCUCCACACCCAGUCUGAUGUUUCUCCUUCCGUCUCCAUGUCCCAAUCAAAUGCUUCUCAUAGAGAAGCAUCUGAUUGCUCUGUUUUUCACUGGCUCAGAGUGCAUGCAUGUCAAUAGGAGUGGAUGGCAAAACAUAUUUAUUUUUAUAAUUAGACAGUUGUAACAAACAGAGAGCUGUCCCACAUGUAACACCAGGAAGGCGACUGUUGAAUAUUAUCAGGUAUCUUUUGUUUGUUCAGGAACUAUUGACUUCUGCUCUCUCUAUUUUUGUUCAUUUCUAUUUGUAUUUUUUUUUUUUUUAUUUAAAACAUUCUGGAAACAAAAACAUUGAUCUUUAACACGAGGACCUAUGUGAGUUUUGUGGAUUCCAGUUCAUUUUCGGGUUAAUGCAUAAUGUUAUGAUUGUGUGUGGGUCUGAGUGUACAUGUAUCAUAUAUAUGGAAUCUUCAAAGUACUAGUGAUAAGAAUUUGGUUCCCAAAAACCAUAUAGUGUGGGAUUACAAUGAACUUUUGGUAAUUAAUUAUUAUAUUCGGGCAAACUUAGAAUGUAGCUUUUGUAUUUUUACUUUAUUUUUUUAUUUUUUUAUGUUGAUUGAUUUAGUCUAAGAUGUUUAAUUCACUUAGAAUUUCCACUGGGCCACACUUUCGUGAAUAACCAUGUUAGUAGUGCAUAAUCUUUCUAGUAGAGAUGUCCUAUAGUUCCUGUCUUCAGUGCCAUAGAAUGAAACCACAUGUUGUAAAGUUUGCAUUUAUGUGCUUGCUUUUUGGGCAAUCUAACCCCAACAAUCCAUUCAUUCAUUGUAUAAACAGCACUAGAGAAACUUUUAUAUAGUCUUUCUGUGUAGACUGAAAAUCAUGACUUCCAUAAGAUAGACUCCUCUUCUCACCCUUUAAUGCAGAAGUACCCCUGUAGGUCUAAAAAAUAUUUCUAUGCACUCCUGCCACGAGAAAAGUAAUUUCUAUUAAUUUAAAUUCUAAACCUGUAGACAUAGACUGCGCAGACAGUUGUAGAAAGGAGCUUUUUUGUGCUCAAAAAAGCGUACAAUCUAACACUUAUGGGUUGGUGGUCUGUCCAGGAUACAAGCCUGCAUUCCCGGUUAUAAGUUAGUGACUUUACAACUGUUUUAACCAGCUGAUUAAUUUUAUUUUAUUAUUUAUUUAUUUUUAUUAGCGUUCUAUAGUGGAUGACAGCACAAUAAGGAAUUGUGACAUAUCCAUUUCAGCCAACACUGUCUAGUAGUCUCUCCUCUAGCCUGGAAAUAUUUCACUUGUCAUAGCGGGGGUGGGAAGGGGUGUAGAUAAUAUCUAGACCUGGAGGCAAUGGGUGUAGUUUAAACAAUCAGGUCAGAUAUGUUGUAAUUUAAAGACUUUGUAGACUUAAAAAUGUCUAGGGAUUGCUUAAGUGAAACUCCACUGAGACACCAGCUUGAAAGAGUUAAUAAGGGCUAAUAGAGGUUACUUUCUUAUAUCCUGUAUUGCUCAGUUCUUGAGGUCGUGGGAUAGUGUGUGAUAAGGGAGUAAUCUGACCUCCAGUAUGUGACCUCGUAUAUUGUUGCUUCUGGCAUGUAUGUAUGUGUACACAUACAGGAGUGUCUCUUUUCUACACGUCUCUAACAAUGUUGAAACUGAAAAGUUUCAACUAAAUCAACUCUUUUUACCUUAAUAAGCUAUCCAGAUCAUUGUUGUUGUUUUUUUCCCCUCUAGAUUCACACAUCAUAUGUUUUAAAAAGUUACCAAACAUUUUAUUUAUUUCUCUCUUUCCCCAUUGUAAUCUUAAGGCAGAGAAUAUUUGUUUGCUAACCUUGGUCUUCAUGUGAUCAUGUGAACUUUAACUGAAGAAUUGGUUAAUGAAGGACACUGCGAAAGAACUCUCUGAAUGUACUUAUUGUACACAUGACUUUCAAAAACACUGUGUGAAUUUCAAUAUCCGAUCAAAAUAGAAUUUAAAACCUAUGAAUAGAGGGGUAGGUGGAAUAUCACUAUUUGUAAUUAUAGUAUAGUAUAGUAAAACAUAGCUUACUUGGAGAACAUCUGCCGUUUUAGUCUGAAAAUGUGAAAUUCGCUUUGACCUUGUGACAAUUCACACCUUAAUGAAUAACCCAGAUUAUCUAGUGCUCUACAUAAUGUAAAUAGGUCAGCCUUUGUCCAAGUUUGUAAUCAGACAUUUAAUGUAAUACAUAGUUGUCUAGGUUGGUCACGCAGAGAACCAAAGUAUUUUAACGCAUGGGCUGAACUGAUAAAUUGCAUAAUAAACCUAGUUUAUUUUUCAGGCAGGCCAUGGCUAUAUAGGUCAGAUGUAGCCCAAAGAGAAUUCUGGUGGAUGACAGUACUAUAAUGUACUCUCCCUUCAUUCUCCCGGAUACCGUAUUCAUUUCUAUUGCACCAACAUAUUACACAGCUCUGUACAACAGGUCAACAAGACAAACCAAAAAAAGAAGAAAAACCAUAUUUGACAUAUAAUCUGUUCAUAAACCUACUGUCACAAAAAUAGGGAGUUGCAGGGGAUCAACUUUGUCCUAGGAGAUGUAUACUACCCUGUCUGCACCUGCGAUGUUUUGUAUAAAGGUGCUAGAAUAUGCUGUGUCUAUAUGGUCAAGAUUUACAAUAUAAAAGUCUACAUUAUAUAAAAGCCAGUUGCCCUUGGAGUCGAUCAUGCAGAUACUCACUAUGAGAUUGCCAGAAUUUGAAAUUUGUAGACCGUUUACCAAGUAUAUAAAAAUGGGCAUGCAGUCUGGAAAUAAAAAUAUCUCUCUCUACUCCCGCAUCUAAAGAAUCGGGAAGUGGUGGGAGAGUAUGAAGUGUUGAUGGACAGUGUGUGACUCCGCCCAGAAAGGAGGUGGCUUAACUGGCAGCUUGAUCUGGUGUCAGUGCAUGUCAGGCUGCCUGCCAAUUCCACAGGCUGGUCCUCACCCACUGAGGAAAGAACCUGCAGGGAGCCUUGUUGCAUUGGUACCUGGAGGGUCCCAGUGCUUUAUGCUUGUUGGGGACCGUUCCCCUGAGUGGGAGAGGACCAAAAAAUCGUGACUGUACAACCAAAUUCAGAAACGGAUGGAAAGCAUGUUAUCGGUUCUACCUGUGUUUAUUUUUGUGCCAUGAAUUAGUUUUAAAGGUUUUCUGUUUGAUGCAUUCUUAUUCCCUUUUGGGGGAAAGGGUUGGAACGUUUUUGUUUUGCUGUAAUGUGGGUAGGCCCCCUGUCCGCAUAUACUUUAUUACAGGCAGGGAAAUGAAAUAUUGUCUCAACUACCUGAAUCCUGCCUCCACCAUCUCCACAGCUAAGCAACUAAGGAUUUUCAGAGAGGAACAUUGGAUAAUCAUCAAUUUUAUUUUAUUUAUUUUUGAUCCAUGGUGUUUUCCUGAUGCAUAUAAUUUUGGGGUGUUGAUGGACAGUGUGUGAAACGUGCUGACCUGAAGUAUAGAGAAUGUAAAUGAGAAUCAUUAUUAAUUAAUUACCCUUUUUUCCCCUAUGUUACAUUAUAACAAAGUCGCAUUACGGAUCUGAAACUUUUUUUAACUUUUAUUUCUUUAUCUGAAGAUUCAGUUGUCCGUUUAAUUCUAUAGCUGUGUCUUCAGUGUUCGGAGAGACCACUCGUUAAUUGUGUGGCAAUGACGAAAAUAAUCUUCAUGUUUAAAAGUGGGUUUGUCUGUUUAUUUAUUUUUUUACAUGUAUGCAUUUAUGCAGCUAAAGGGUUAAUUAUUAACCUUUUUGUUUGCAGAGGGUUGUGAAAUACAUGAAUCAUUCCUUAGACACUGAAGGGACAAUUUUAAAUUCUGAAAUGAUGGGGGGGGGGGGGGCAUAACUGAUUAGGCACCCCCCUUCCUCCCCCUCCUGUGUGAUAAAGUGGAUUAUUAAUUAAAUUGUGAGAUGUAAAUAAUUCAAAGUGUAUUUCAAAUUUUAGAAAUAUACUCCAAGCCAAUUGUGUUUUUCAAUUCAACUAUUAUGGCCUAAAAAUUAAAAUUUUCAUAGAUUUGUAGGCCAGCGGGGAAAUAGAGACGGGAAAUACAGUUCGUGGGUUCCGCCCCUAGAUAACCUGAGUUGAAUUCCACUUAUGCUAGAAACGAUGGAUAAAUAAUAGGGGUCUCAAUCAUGGGUAAGUGUGGUGGAGCUCCAGGACUUCAACAAAGUUUGCUAUCCUAUUGAAUAAAAAUGAAACCACAGCUUUAUCAUCUUAAAAUUUGCCCAUCCUUGCAAGUUAUUUUUUGUGUGUUUUGUUUAUUUAAGUUAAUUAACCCUUACAAUGUUUUUGGUUUUUCCCCUUUUAUCGAUUACAUUUUCUCUUCAAUCUGCUCAUCACCAGAUGUUUUAGCACUAGAUUACAUUGCUCACCUCUGGCAUUGAACAUGUUAAUGAAGCCUGCAGCCUGUGAUUGAGUGUUCACACUAAAUGCAUAAGGCUUUCCUUUCCACAUCUGCUGACACUAUGUAUCGUGUUUUAUGAUACUACAAAUAACCGUCACAGGAGCAGCUGUGACUGGAGCAAGGAGGAGGCUGGAAGAUCUAGAACAAUAGAUUAUACGCUGAAAGUGGUUCUACUGGCCUCAGAUGUGUUCGUAACAAAGAAGUUAUAAUACUAUAAUACUAAACAUUGUACAAGUAAAUCAGCCCCCAAAAAGAUGCAUGCUUGAAUGUGGCUUCUAAGCUGUGCUGUGUAGCACCAACUGGCCGAGCUGUAGUUUAUGCCUGUACGCCAGUAAUGGGCAACGGUGUGGCAGCAAAUAUUUGUUUGUAAACUUUGACAGUUGACAAAAAAAAAUUCAGAAUUUAGAAGAUUUUUUUUUUUAUAUAUACACCUACCUUGAUCUGAAAUUUGACAUUUUAAAGAUGAGUACACUGUUUUUUAAAUGGGAGAACAGUUACUUCCCUGGAAACUAUACCAUUGAAAACAAUUUUGAAAAUGACCUAUACCUUGUGUUAACCUUUUUUGCAUGAACUGCUGUAUUUUCUUUUAAAUCAAAGGACCACUAUAGUGCCAGGAAAACAAACUUAUUUUCCUGGCACUAUAGUGCCCUGAGGGUACCCUCAGGGUCCCACUCCCGCUGCGCUGAAGGGGGAGGAAGAGGGUUAAUCCCUUACCUUUUUUCCAGCGCCGGGCUCCCUCUGCGCGGGGACUCUCCUCCCUCUUCUGAUGUAAUUGGCUGAAUACGCAUGCGCGGAAAGCCAGUCCAUAGGAAAGAAUUCUCAAUGCUUUCCUAUGGACGCUGGCGUCUUCUCACUGUGAAAAUCACAGGCUGGAUUAACCCUAGUGUAAACAUAGCAGUUACUCUGAAACUGCUAUGUUUACAGCAGAAAGGGUUAAUCCUAGAUGGAUCUGAGCUGAAGUGGUCUGGGUGCCUAUAGUGGCCAUUUAAAACAUUUAGCAAAUUACACCACAAUCAAUUCCUGACAAGGCAAAGCAAGGGUAAACAUUGUAAAUGAAGAGGAAUAUUGGAAGCCAUGUUUCUUUUUUCUUCUUCGGCAAAUGUGUUCUAUGGAAGGUGCAACGGACAGAGCUCUCAAAAAUGAUUGUCAUGGAGCGAACAUGGAGGUGUACAGUUACAGGAUAGAGAGCUGGGGAUUCGUACAUUUAAUUUUAUUUUUCACACCUCGUAAAUAUGUAUUUGUUCAAUAUAAGGAUAAGUAAGCAUCGUAUUAAAAAUAUUGGAACGUUACAGUCCCCCUUAAAAUUCUAUGACUAGCGGUUACUACUCCAUAGCUCAUGUACUGUUUUUUGGUUUGUUUGUUUUUUUUUAAACACAACUGUGUGUCUCAUCAUCCUUGGAUUCGAUAAAUGAAAUCUCAAAUGUGGUUUAACUUCAGCUUUCGGUUUUCAUAUUCUGUCUCCCUGUCGGUGUGAUGGUAUUUUAUAAACAAAUAGUGACAACCCCACAAUGAUUGCAUGACUUUUAGACUAUGGGAAAGGUUUUAUGUCUUUCAGGGAAAAAGGAUGUUAGUGGGGAAAUCCUGAUAAAUGAAUAAUGAAAGUCAAUUACUCUUCAGACGGGAGCUUCAUCAUUAAGUAUUCAGUAAAGACUGUUGACCUGCUGCAGAUGGGCUAGUUUAAGGCUCCCUUUGCAGAGCAAGCUGUUGAUAAAUUACUUAUUGCACAUCUGACCCUGUCGUGACAGUCAAUAAGGAGUUGACCUGUAAAAUAAUGACUGUUAUGGAUCCUUCACAAGUGUUAUACCGGUCAGUAACCGAUAGACAGACAAUGCAAUUGUAUUAACUUUUUUCAUUUAUUUUUAUUUUUUUAAUAAUGUUUACAAAGCUGGAAAUUGUUGCUACUUAAAGUGGUGGUGUUAAUUUUGUUUUUUCAUUUUUAAUUUAUUUAUUUUAUUCUAAAAUAAUGCUGCUAUUUGAUCGGUUAAAGUGCCCAUAUAUUUGGAGAUAAAAAGUUGCACAUUUCAACUUAAAAAUGUUUUUGUUUUUGUUUUUCACUUGGGAAAAAUUUAAACCAUGGGGUAAACCACUCCCUUGGGAAUUGCGGUCUACUGUCAAGUUUUAGGCACAAUUAGCCAAAUUGGGAAAAAUCCGACUGUGCCUUUUUUUUCUAACUUGGCUAUUUUGGCCAAAAAUGUACAAUUUCUAUAAUUAUUUCUCAACGAUUCCCAGUUGAAAUAACCCAGUUACAGUUGUCUAGCGGCAGUUCUGAGUUAUAGAAAUCCUUUUAUAUACAAUUACUACUGCCUGGCCCUGAGAACAGAGAGACAAAAUGCUAAGCGGAUUAUUGUUAUUUUUACAUGCUGGAGUUUUAUUUAUAUAUAUAUAUAGUGUGUGUAUGGUCUCUUUGGGCAAUAAAAAAUAAACUAAAACGGGCUUUGUUCGUACACCUGCUGAUGUUUAUUAUUUCCAAAGAGGAAGCCCUCUGCCCUUUGUGAAUGAACUGUAUAUUGCAGUCAAACCCUUUUUUAUUAUUGCGUUCCCUGUUCUAUGACCUUGCAGUCAUUGACUUCAACUCUGAACAUAGUUAUGAGUCAUGUAAAUAAAUGUAAUUAAGCUAUUUCUUAUCCUAGGUGUCUGCUGUUUUUCCCUCAGGGGGUUUAGGCCUGUAGUGACGGGAUCAAUGUCACCUACAAUUCCGGGAAAGGGAAGAAAAAUAAAAAGUUAACUAAACUCCUACCUCUCAAGUCCUAUUAAUUCUUUAAUGUGGAAUAAUAACUCCAAACAUGUCUGUCAGAUAUUUUAUUUACAUAAAACUAUUUAGAUAUUUAGUGUUGGUAAAAAAAAGAUAAAAUUGUAUUUCAUCUAUCCAAGUAAUAAGCUGUAAUUAUCACUUAUAGAUCUGACCGGGUUUUUUUUAUUUUAGUGUGAAGGCAGGCUUAGUGAGAAGUCACAUUAAACAAAAAUGUACAGAAAGUAUGUGAUGUAAUCAGCCAACCAAAAUCUGUGAAUUGGACACCUGAGCAGAUACGACCUUAGCAUUCUAUUGGGAGAUUAAGGGUUUGUCUAAACUUAUUGGUGAUGCAGAAUGUCUGUCCAAGGGGUUCAUGGGAAUCUGAUAUACUGGCAACUAAUUUCGCAUAUAUACAUAUUUUUGGAAGAGGUGUAACAAUGAACGUGGACUGAUGUAUUCUCUCGGGUGAAUGCUAUAUAUUAGUCAUUUAGCCUCGUAUAUCCGUGCAUUGAUUACAUUUCCACACCUGUUUUGCCGAUAACAUCUAAUAAGUAUAAAGGAUGGUCUGCAUUUGAUUGAGGUUAGAAAUAUAUAUAUUUUUUACUAGAGCUCAAAACUUUAUGAACUCAAGGUCUCAUUACUAGUUUACAGCGUGUUGGAUACCAAUAAUGAUCAUUUAUGUUGCAAUUUGGCGACCUGGGUAUAACAAUAUUGUAUCAAAGCUCAGUUAUGCAAGGUUUAUCAAGGCCAUGCUUCUAAGUAUAGUUUACUGUUUGUUUUUCAUUGUUUGCUGUUCUUAAUCCUAGUCUAAUUUGGGUGGAAAAUUCAAUGUGUACCUAUGAGCGAAGUAGAUUUUUUUUUUAUUUUGUUUUCUUUCUUUGUACAGUUCUUCAUUUGAGGAAGUCCGUCAUAAAGUUUAUUUAUGUUUUGUUUUGUUUUUUAAAAUUUGCGAUGGUGACCUUAGUGUAGAUUUAGGUAUUCAAUUUUACAUAGAAACAUAGAAUGUGACGGCAGAUAAGAACCAUUUGGCCCAUCUAGUCUGCCCAAUUUUCUAAAUACUUUCAUUAGUCCCUGGCCUUAUCUUAUCUUAUAGUUAGGAUAGCCUUAUGCCUAUCCCACGCAUGCUUAAACUCCUUUACUGUGUUAACCUCUACCACUUCUGUUGGAAGGUUAUUCCAUGCAUCCACUUCCCUCUAAGUAAAGUAAUACUUCCUGAUAUUAUUUUUAAACCUUUGUCCCUCUAAUUUAAGACUAUGUCCUCUUGUUGUGGUAGUUUUUCUUCUUUUAAAUAUAGUCUCCUCCUUUACUAUGUUGAUUCCCUUUAUAUAUUUAAAUGUUUCUAUCAUAUCCCACCUGUCUCGUCUUUCCUCCAAGCUAUACAUGUUAAGAUCCUUUAACCUUUCCUGGUAAGUUUUAUCCCGCAAUCCAUGAACCAGUUAAGUAGCCCUUCUCUGAACCCUCUCUAAGGUAUCAAUAUCCUUCGGGAGAUACGGUCUCCAGUACUGCGUACAAUACUCCAAGUGAGGUCUCACCAGUGUUCUGUACAAUGGCAUGAUCACUUCCAUCUUUCUACUGCGAAUACCUCUCCCUAUACAACCAAGCAUUCUGCCAGCAUUUCCUGCUGCUCUAUUACAUUGUCUGCCUACCUUUUAAUUCAUCUGAAAUAAUCACCCCUAAAUCCCUUUCCUCAUAUGUUGAGGUUAGGACUCUAGGAAAUAUUCUGUACUCUGCCAUUGGGUUUUUACGUCCAAGAUGCAUUAUCUUGCACUUAUCCACAUUAAAUGUCAGUUGCCACAAUUCUGACCAUUUUUCUAGUUUACCUAAAUCAUUUGCCAUUUGGCUUAUCUCUCCUGGAACAUCAACCCUGUUACAUAUCUUAGUAUCAUCAGCAAAAAGACAUACCUUACCAUCAAGACCUUCUGCAAUAUCCCUAAUAAAAAUAUUAAAGAGAAUGGGUCCAAGUACAGAUCCCUGAGAUGACACUAAAAUUCAACGCAGGGCCUUCUACUUCAAAGACAAAAUUGGAACACGGUGACAAUGCACUAAUGUACUAAGCUAAAUCGUCCCCAAACUAUCACACUUGAAUCCGAAUGAAGUGAUCCGUUUUCCCUUUUUAUUAUGCAUUUUAGUACAUUAUUAUGGAAACUAGACUUAAAUUGGAAUUAUCAAUAGGAUAUAGUUGAUAUGGUGCUUAGAACACCCUUUUAAGUCAGAGGUUCUUUGCAGUCCUGAAACGUAUAUAAUAUGUUUAAUGUCUUAUUCAUUACACUGGUUUACCUUGUAAUUCACAUGCCAUGAUAUAACAAGGAAUUUAAAAAAAAAAAAAAAAGCCAACAAGUUUUUUUUGUUAUCUGCAUGAAUAAAUGCAUGUUUUUAUUAUUUCAUUUAUUUACAAUAACAAUUACAAUUGUGCAAACCUAUUCCUCAGCGCUGUUCACUAGAUAUACCAAGACAACAGUUAAUUCUGACAAAACACAGUGACCUAACAGAACAGUAGGUGAAGAGGGCCUGCAAUAUAGCUUUAUAAUAAUUUUACAAUUAACCUGUUCUUUAUUUUUUUUAUUACCCCAUUACUGACCAUCAAUUGGAUUUAAACAAUAGGAAUGAUCGAUUUUGAAAAACAUUGGACGUUCUAAAUGUAGAAUAGCUUAAGGUUCUUAUAAUAUACUGCAUACAUCAUGGAAGCCUUCUCUCAUCUACUCCACCCCCCCCUCCUUAUAUUCUCAUACAGCCGCCUAAGGUUUAAUUUAGCUCCUGUAGGUUGACUAAGCUCAUCUACGCUUCUAGGAAAUGCAUGUCAGCACUGUAUAUAUAAGCACAUCCAAAGACAUGCUAGUAAAUAGUGCUGUCUGCUAGAACAUUUUCCAGGAAUGAAAGAUAAGAAUUUAGAGUCGAUUUACUAAGCUACCGAUUUUUGGCAACAGCACAUCUUUUUAUUUGUUUAUUUAUUUUUUGUACUGAAAUCAUGCAAACGCAAAACUGUUACCUGCAGAGCUGAAAUUGCUCUCAAAGGAAUAAGGUAGGGAAAUUUGGUAGUUACCAUAGCUACAGUGUCCAGAUUCAUGAAGCCCUCUGUAAUUUUACUAAUCGAAUGUCUGCAGCAUUUUGUUUUACGUAAACAAAAACCAGGUAGAAAUAAAUAAGAUUUAUCAGAUGACAUGUGAUAAUCCGCAGACUCAAAAACAUUACGUGAUUGCUCGUUUUCUUAAAGUAACAGUCAAAUUUAGAAUCUAAUGUGCUUUACGCUGCUAACAUAUAUUUUUAUGUAAAACAAAGUUUCCAAGUAGGCAUCAUAGGGGUGAAGAAUAACAUUUAUUUAGUUUCUAGUCCGCUAUGCAUGUGUACUAAUGUUCCAGACAUGAUUAAAUUCCUUAACCCGUUCAGGCUUUUUUUUUUUUUUUUCAAUGUAUUUGAGAAUGUGUUUUUUUUUUUUGGUUUUUUUUUGACAUUUUUACUUUCAUUUAAUCUAAAUGGGACCAAUUCGGCUUGCUACAAGUCUACUUAAUGGUUGAUUAUGCCAAUCGGGUGAAGAACUCUCAUGAAGCGCAUGUUUGUUUCGAUGUACAAAAUGCAAGUUAUUGGCAGUUUUCUCAUUUACCUAUUUUAUCACCAACCUCUUCUGAAAUUGCUAGUUCCAUUUAUUUAUUUUAUUUGUCUGUUUCAUUUUGUUGGCAAAUUUUACAGACUGUGCAUGCCACCCUAUUGUAAAGACUCCAGAUUCAUAUUCUGCUACUGACCCCCUGUACAACAAGAUAUUAAAGGGAAAGAAUAAAGCAUGAAUACUGCGUUGUUUUUUUUUUGUAAAUAUAUUUUUAUUUGUUUAAUAUAGAUUCAUAUAUAGUGGAAAAAGGGUGAGGCUCGCAGGUCUCGCACGUAUCCAAUAUGAUAAAUAACUUUAAGUUCUAAAGAUGCAGAAGCGUAGGUCUGGAAACCUAUUGGAAAAAGAGGGACACGCAGGUCCCGUAACGUACAACUUAUAACCAUAUUGACAGAUAUUAUCAGGUAAUCUUGUGUUUUGUGUUUUUUUUUUUUUUCUGUGAAUGCAGGUUCAUGAAUUUGUUGACUUGUUUUUGCUUUUGUGAUGGUGUAUCUCUAUCAGUUUGCGUAUGCUAAUAUUGUGAGGUUGUUGGUUUGUUUUUUGUUUGUUGCAAUUUUCAUUUAGAUUAUCAUUUGAUAUUCAGUGUGGAUGAAUACAGCUUUAGCUGUUUUAAUAUGAGGCUUUUUUUCACUUGACCAUUACUCAUACAAAUUUUACAUUUUAAUAAUUUUCACUGACUUUGUGUGCCCUCCUACUUUAAGGAGACAUUUUAGGCAUCCAGGUUCCUUUAUCUCAUUGAAGUGGUCUGGGUGCAGUGUCUCUGUUCCUUUUAACACUUCAAUGUAAAACAUUGUAGUUUCAGAGAAUGUGUUUUAAUUGGAAUGUUAAGACUUCCUCCAGUUGCUGUCUAUCUACCAGACAGCCUCUAGAGGCGCUUUCUGCUGGAUCACGCAGAUUGACUCAGUGAAACAAAGCUGGACAUCCUCACCCUGUGUAUGAGGACAUCCAGCGUCUUAAAAUCCACCAUAGAAAAGCAUUGACUCAGUGCUUUCCUAAUGGUAAAUCGUAAUGCACACAUGGCACUCUUUCUGUGGUGAUGUCAGAGGAGAUGGAGCCAGCGCCGAUGCACCUUUGUGCUUGAUUAAGAUGAGCGUGGAAAGUUUCUUUCUAAAAAUCUUUAACUGCCAGGGGUAGGGAUGCAAGGAGGGAAGGCAGAAGGAUACUAUAGUUAUGAAUACAGGUUUUAUAUUUUUAUUCUGCGGGAUCACCUGGGUACACAUAAACCCAGCUACACAGCGGACAGGUUUAUUGGGGAACUUGUGGUUCCCCAAAUUCAAGACUUGGCCCACUUUUGACAUGUCUCUUGGCUUGUUUCUCAGUAGAAGUUACAAUAUCUGUGUGACUAUCGUGGCCAUCCUCAAAUGUUGACAGAAUUUAUAACUCUAGAUAAUCCUUUACUAAAUCUAACUAACCCUAAUCGUUUGUAGCGGAGCUCCAAUACCUAGCAUAGGUAUAUCCGCUGGAUAAUCCUUGUAGCUGAAGAAGAUGUAAAAUAUCCAAGACAAAAUCCCCCAGUAACUGGACAACACACAGUUCUUGGAGUCAACCCCUCUUAUUUUGGCUACACACGGCUUUAAUGCACAUACCCCUACAUGGGGUCUCCCAUACAAUAAUACAGGGCUUUUCCUCCCAGGAUCCUCUACAGAAAAAUAUACAAUAUUCUAAAACACUCCAAAAAUCCAUUUUCAAAAGGGGCCAAUUUCUCUUUGAAGCUAGGACCCCAACAGAGCUGCUCUGUAAGGUGUGAGAAGUCACACAUAAGUGGCCUGGAAGUUUGGUUUAAAUAUAACCUAACUCUCUAGCUUGCCAUAUGUCUAGAUUCCCUGUAUGUUAAUGGCCAUUAGCCUUGUGUUCCAGUAUCAUAUCUAAAAGAAACAUUAACUACCCAUAGAAUAAUCAUUAAGCCUCAUCCCUAUUCUAUUAAGAAUGGGACAAUCACCAUCUUCUUUUGAAGCCCAAACAUGAUUUGCAAACAAGGGGACCACACAAAGUUGGUUCGGUAAACGAACAAGGGGGAGAGGGGUACGGACAGCCGAACAAAGGGACUAGAAGUGUAAGUAGGUCCUCUGUCUCACUACACUGUUGCUAAUACUAUCCCUAACAACGCACUGCUUAGUAGAGUUUCCUUCAGGCUGACUGAUGACAGUGAGGGCCACUCACAAUGAUCACAUUGAUUUAUCUGUCAUCACUCUGAUUGGCUCCGAGGGAGAUCAGAUCGCCCAGCAGCCAAUCAAUCCCUGUGUUAGACUGCUUCACUGCUAAGGCAGCUGGCAAUAGUGCGUUGACAGCUGAUUAUGCAUCAGAUUCCAAUCAAGUCAUAGGAACCCUUUGGUUGUCGUAGCGAUCCUAUGUUGAUAACCGCCAUCUUUAGCUAUUACUGGUACUAAUACUGGCACUUCCAGUAAUUGUGCUAUUCAUUGUAAUCUCAGCAAUUGCUGCAUGGGCAAUUUUAAUAGAGGAUGUGGCUAGAAGUGAGAUAGUUGGGUCUUGCUGUCCCAGUGAAUACUCGUCUAUUCAGCGAAAGAUGAUUGAUAGGUCUAAAUUAAAAAAAAUUAAAAAAAAUUAUGGGUAAUAGGUUAAUUUAUAUUACGUAUUAAUAAAUAUUUUGUUUUGACAACGAGCCACUGGUUUUUGGGGUGCCUUUGUUUUAAUUCCAGAAUUGUGUACCUUCAUACUGACCUCUUGAGCCAAUCUGACCCAUGCCAUCACGUGCUCAUUAAUCAAGUUAUUUGUUUGUUUAAUCAUUUUCCCUGGAGAACAAAACAAAUUAUGUCAAGGAUGGGAAAACUGCAAUGUCCUUCAGUUUAUUGCUAAAUUUUACUCUUCAGAUUAAUUAAAAAGUAAAUAAUCAAAACUACUAUAAAAACUUUAGCGGUACAGGCUGAAAACACCUGCGCUGCCAAAGGUUGCUUGCUUCUAGCUUGGACUGUAAAAGGAAAGGAAGAGGCAGUGGUGGUUUUGCAGUUAAUAGCAGUAAAAUGCUAAGAACGGGAUCGAGUUUCAUAAUUCUUUUUGUUAUGAAUUUUUUAGAACAGAAUGACUGGUCAGACUGACCUGCUUAUCUCACUGUUUAGCUUUUCUUAUGUUUCACAUGCAAUUGUUUGUAUAAAACAAUCUUUAAAAACCUUAGGAGCACGUAAGAUUGUUUUUGUGGUGCAGUGUCUCGACAUGCACAGUAUUUUAAGAGACAAACAAUAUGUGAAAAACAAAAAUAUUGCUUAAAGCAGUAAAUAUAAAUAAUGUACUAUUAUAGUGGUUCCUACAUAUAAAAAAAAAUUUGUGCAGAGAUUGCUAGAAGGUAGCGCGCUAACCAAACUUUAUCAUUGGCCUGAAGGCUGGCUAAGCAUUUUGAGACCUGCCGUUUUGCAGCCCAUGAGCCAUCCCUGCUUUAGUGCAUUAAAGGACCCUUGUGGGCACUAUAACCACUUCAUUGCAAUUAAUAUGUUCUAGUGCUAGAAGGUCCUAUGCGCUGGCUUAGCUGGAGGGGUAAAACUGUCAAAGGAACACUAAAGUGUUAGGAACACAAACCUGUAUUUCUAAUGCUUUAGUGUCCCUGUCUCUAGUUUGAUACCCUUUGCCCCCACAUGUGUGCAAGAAAUAAAAUUAAAAGGUUUUACCUUCCAUUUUGAAGUGCUGAAGCUCCUUUGAUGCUGCUUAUCUCUCUGUCUCCCGUAACAUCAGGGAGUAGGCUUGGCCUCUUCUGGAGAUGGUCCAUUCCAAUGCUCCUCCUGGAGGAACAUUGAGAACCUGAUACUUAUGCACACCAGUGCCGAAUGAACAUCCAAGCUUCCCCAUAGGAAAGCAUUGAAUCAGUGCUUUCCUAUGGAGGGGGGGGAUGGGAGGGGGGACGACUUCCAUGUCACGUGACACUGCUUUACUCCGUCAGUACCUCUAGCGCCUAUCCGUUUGUAAACAUUAGUUUCUUAAAUACUUAAUAGUACUAUACUAUAAUACUUUGACAAACUACAACAAUUUGUGGGAAAACCAGUUUCUCAGUACCAUAACUACUAUACAUGCAAUGGUUUUGGUGACUUGAAGAGUCUCUUUUAAGGUAUCAAAGGAAAAGUAUGUUUGUAACACUGUCCUUUGUCACUGUUUGUUUGGGAUUUUUUGUUUUUGUUUUUUCCACAGUGUGCAGUCUGAAUAUAAAUACAUUUUUCGUAACUUUAUUUCAACAUUUUUAUAAAAUCAAUCAUGCAACUCUUACAGAUUAUUAUUUUUUAUUUUGUUUUUAAAUAGACUUUUUUCAUUUUGAGAAUCAUAUUCCUUAAAUGGUUUCUCUGCUGUAGUGGUUAUGAUACCAGAAGUACCCUGGCCUGGCUCAACAAUAAUGGGGUAAACCAUUUAGCCCCACUGGUGGUCAGAUGAUGCGCUUCUUCUGAGCGCAGAAGCAGCGGCUGUCGUUGUUCAUUGGCUGAGAGCCUGAGAUGACCCAAUGAUUGGUAAUUUUCAUGUAUAGGGUCCCCAAUGUUUUGACAGAAGAAGAAACCGGAAACAAAAUGUUAAGGAUUCAAUAAUCUCGUUGUACAGCGCUAUGGAUUUUGCUGGCGCUAUUUACAUAAUAAAACAAUAAUAAUAAUAAUAAUAAUAAUGGUAUGCAUUAAUGUAUAAAAAUGAGUUCUCACUCACCCAUGGGCUUUAUUUAGCUCAGUUUCAGCCCUGCCGAUAUGCGUGCAUUACGAGUGUGCUCUAUUUGCUAGUUCAAACCAUGUGCAUUGUUGGUCUUAACAAAAAAAAAAAAAUUCUAAUAGGAAAUUUAUCAUGAAAAAUUGUUUUUAUUUAAUCUAUUUCACUGUAUAUACAUUGUUUUUCAUUUUGGAAUGUCAGCUAAUAAAUAAUAAAAUAUUCGAUUUUAACCCUUAGACAGCGACAUAAUCAUUUACAGUACAUCAUCGCACUAAAUAUUUGACAAGUUUACAUCGAUCAGCGAUGCAUAAGAACACCUGUCUCGGAAGGAAAAUGAAGAUUUAGUCAUAUUUUAUGGACCAGAACAUGCUUAGAUUGCCACAGUGUCAAGGUAUCCCAGUUUUGGCAGGUCCUAACCAACUUUAAUUACUUUCAUAGGAGAUUAAUCUGCAUAAAUUGAGAUUCUUCUGCCAGCCUGUUACUUCUAGUGUAGAUUAAUCAACAUCCAGAGAUUCUCUGUAAUAUAUCAGGUUUUUUAUUUUUUUCUGGACCACACUAAUGAGGCAUCUGCUGCAAUGAGAAGUGCAUGACUGGUCAGUAUAUGCUCAAGAAAAUAUAUACAGAAGGGGAAGCACUCACCUGAACAAGCAUAUUUUUGCAACACAUGGGGUUCACACGGUUGUGUGAUUUAAGUAUAUUAUGGUUGCAGUUAGUUUUAAAAACUGUAAAGACACACAGUAAUUGUAGUAUAUACUUUGCAAGAGUCUGCGUUGGCUUUACUACAUAUUGUACAUGUAGCAACUCCCCACGCUUCACAUAAUUGUUUUACAAUGUAGAAAAUGUAGCAGAAACGUAAAAUGUGGGUUAUUGGCAUUGGCUUCUUUUUUUUUUUGUGUGCAAGUGCUUUAUCAUAUGUGUAUAUUGUUAUACCAUACACUGUGAAAGACCAUUGAUUAGUCAUUUUAUUACAAUUGGCUUGUAAGCACGUUUGAGAAGGGCUCUUGUUCCAGGUUAAUCAAGACUGGAGUUGGUAUGUCGCAUGAACCUGUUGUACGGCUAUCAGGAAAAUGUUGGUGCUUUGUAAAUAUGUAUAUCUUAUGCUUGGCAUUUAGUAGUUUGAUGCUAUUAUUUCUAUGCUACAUUCACCAGAUAAUGUAGUAUUAGAAUACCAUGACGUGAAGAGAAACUGGCCUUAUAACGGGGAAUGUUGAAAUAAAGUUUUUGCAGGACCCGAGACUGUGAUAUGGAGGAAAUGACAGAGUGUCUUACCGUUCAUUAGAGGUGGCUGGGCUUAUUGUAGAUACUUAAAUAGAAGUGAGACACAUCUGCCGGUGGAGAGUAUUUAAGAACAAGCAAGGAUGUACUCAUCUGUCUAGAGUAGUUUCAUUCAGGGACGUGUCUUAUAAUAUCUUUUGGUAUUUUUCUCUUCGGUUGUGUUCCUUACCUGUUAGCUCAUCUUUCUACUUUAAUGAGAUUACUAUGAAAAAGUGAACUUUUUGUCCAUCAUAUUUGUCAUUAUCUGCCGGCUGUGGAACCUUUUUGAUUGAGGCCCUUGACUUUGCUCCAGACCUUCAACACUGGCGCCAAAUGUUUGUAAUGGUGCUUUUAGGAGAUAACUAUUCUGUUUUAACUAACUGGAAGAAAAAAAAAGAAAAGAAAACAACAAUCCAAACUUAGUUUUCGACAUUUACACAGAAGAUGUAUCCAUUUUAUCUUUAUAAAGGCUAUCCCUGUGUGAAGAAGGAAGGGGUGGUGGAUGCAACCUGCUUAGGGCACUGUGGGAUCUUAAUCCUUCUCUGCAAUAGUGACCUCUAUUAGUCCACGUGGUCUAGCAAGGAGAGCAGGUUCGGUGCUACUAGUGGCAUAAACGAGUGCCUCUCUCCAGAAAUAGAGGACUACGAGAUAUAAUGCAAUAUCCUUGAGUGUGCAAGAAUGACCAGUAUAGAAAGAUCUGAUUAGAUGAUGAAACAUUAGAGGAGAAGUGUAACUUCUUAUGAAAAUUCCACCACUGAAUAGAACUUGUUUUCUGUUAAAUUUAUAAUAUAGAUUUAGUAAAUUACAUGGGCUGAAGUGGACGGUGAUGUAAUUUUUCAUUUUGUCUUUAUGCAAUUCAUAGAGUUUUAUAAAAAUUACUGAAAGGGAGCGGAGGUGGAGGCACCCAAUGGUGGGAUGUAGAGGUGUUGAUAGUCAACAUUUAAUUUUUUUUUAUUUUUUUUUAUAACUUACAUAUACAUAAAUGAAAAAUAGGGGAAAAGUGUCAGUGCCCCUUUAAAAACUGCACAGAUAGGUACGACCAAAGCCUUUUCUUUAACUAUACUGUACCAUAUCACAUGUAUAAAAUAUAUACUUUUGUGGUUAAAAAAAAAUAGACUGUGAUAUUUUUAACAAAUUUGUUAUUUUCAGCAAUUUGAUCACAUAUAUAUAUAAACUUUUAGGAAGUGACAGAACUGUCACAGGCACCUGGGGUUUACACAUUACAUUAUGACUAAUCGCUAAAGGCUAUUUUUAACAGCAUUAAUUGACAGUUUACGUUUAUGAUUUACUGAUUGCAAUCUGUGCUUAUUGACCUGAAACUUAACCUAAUUUAAAUUCUCUAAAUAUUUUUUUGCAUUAUUCUAUUUUUUUUUUCCCCACAUAGAACAGAGGAGUAUUAGUAACUUAAGGCACUUCACCUGCGGCACAGUGAAAGUGGUGUCAUUGCUCGCUACGAGUUUGUUUUCACAUAAAUGUGAGACAUUAUAACCUGUCUGUUAGCUGUUUAAAAUAGCUGUUUUGUAUUGUGGGUUGUACUUCUGUUUGGGUCCAGAUUACAGAUAAGAACUACUGAAUUCAAGUCUUAAAUAUUAUUGGGGGGGGGGGGGAUUAAAAAUGGGGGUUAUUCACCAGUCUAUCAAGAUGAUUUGCCAACUUUAGAUUUUAAGCCAAGAUAGGUACAUUCAGAAAAACUUCCAACCCUGUAUAUUAUUAUUGUUUUGUAUUCUUCCAACUCUAGUGAGCUAAAGUUUGCAGAAUUUUGUUUGUUUUUUUUCCACCACAAUUUACUGUUUAAUAAACGCUCCCUGCCCCAAAAUAUAGGGCAUGAUUAAACUCCUCUGUAACUAAAUGGCUGCUUGUAAUAUCUAGGCUAGGGGGUUUCAGUGUGCCGAUCAUGGCAUAGGGGAAAAGAGAACGGUAGUAAGUGUUCUUUAAAAAAAAAAAAAUUUCCGUUCUCUUAGUAGAACAAUCAAAUUGGGACUGUUUGCAAUGUGACCUUGAAAUAGAGGAUGCAGCUGUUCUAGAAUUCAAUGAUAUAGUAGUUUUAUUGUGUCUUUUAUUUCUCAUUUAUGACUGUGAAAGAAAAUGUAUAUUUAAUGGAACUCUACUGUAAAGUGCACCUGUCAUGCCAAAAUGACUUGGUAAUACUUUAUAAGGAAUAGUUUUUUAUUUAUACAUUGUUUUAGCCAAAAACACAGCAAGUUUACAUAUAUAGUUACCACGGUUGUUUGCCCUUGUGACUUCCAGGUCACGUUGCAGCAUCUCUCAACUCCAAACAUGCUCUCUUGCAUGUUUGAUGUGAGAAGUUUACAUUAAAGGAACAAUCUGUACACCAUUACCACUACAGUGAACUGUGAUGGUUAUGGUGCCAGUAGUGUCCUGGCACGCCUCCAAUGUAUAUAAAUUGUCACACUAUUUUAGAACAAUUUGAUUAAUUAGCCUGGGUUAAUUAAUAGAGCUUCCUUAGCUUUCCUUAGCGAAGAUGUGCACUGGUGGUCCUUCUGGCUCAGAAGGCUGUAGUGGAGGCAGGGACCACUGGACCUUUGCUAACAUAAUAGUUGGAAAAACUAUUCCCAUCUAACCUAAAAUCCAAGAUAGUUUUCUUUAAAUUUGUGUAUAUGCGUCAUUAAAUCCUUUCAUCCUCAGAUAUUUACAGUUCCAUCACAUCUAUAUUUAGGGUUGUAUUAAUUAAACCGUGAUAAAGCAAAAUAAAAGUUAAAAUAGCUGCGAGCAUUCUAAAACACUCAUGUGGAGGUGUGGGGUAGCUGUUGAGGAUCUUGGGAUGCUAUGAUCUGAUUGACAACAUUGUCAGUGUGUGUCGUGGGUGUAUAUCUACUCUAAACCUACAAACACACUGGGGGAAAUCGUUUGUUUAUCACAAGUGCCCAAUACAACAAUUCGACAGGAAGGAGGAGGAACUUUAGAACGUGUAUCAUUAAAGAAACAAGUACAGCAUAGAUUUCUCUAAUGCACACUUAUCUCAAGAGUAUUUACUUUUUAACAUAAGUUGUUAAGUUAACCUUACUCAUGGCAAUUGUCUUUAUUUUUUUUAUUAUCAUUCAUUAUUUAAUACAUUUUAAAUUAUUAAUUUUUAUUGCAGCAAAAAAAAAACCACUUUUUAGCUCCUGUAGACUAGCUUCUACUGGUUAAAAAUGAACUUAUCUUAAAGGAGUAUUUACUUUUUACUGUCAAUUUUUAAGUUAACCUUCCUUGUGGCAGUUUAUUUUUUAAAUCGUGGCAAUUUUUAUUUAUUGAUAUUAUUUGUUCAUAUUUUUUUAUUGUAUUUAGUUAAACCAUUUUUAUUUAUUUAAUUUUGUUGCAAUUAAAAAUAAUUUUUUUUUUUUUUUUGGUUCCUGUAGACUAACAUCUACUCUGUGUUUUUGUUUUGUUAGUUGUUGGCAUUCUGCAGAUGCUUGGGGAAUGCCAUUUAUCCUCUAGAGGUGUCUAUAUAUCCUCUAAUUAUUGAGUUCAGUUUUUAUAAAGUACUGAACUUUAAUAUACAGUACAUGUACCUACUGAUCAUAUCCUAUAUUUGGUUCUUGGGGCAAACAUGUAAUAUGCCCACAGGGUGGUGCCUUGUUUUAUCUGUGCAAAGCAGUUUAAAAUAGAUGAUAUGAUUCAUCACAAACCAGGCUGAUCACUCUCUAAAGGCAUUAUUGGUCUCUCUUUCACCUCCUCGCUUUCCCCAAGGACAUUUCUGACCUAUUCGCUACAGAUGCUUCAAGGCAUUGUCAUACUGAUCUUGACCAGUUAAAAUAAACCCACACAAACCUAAUUUAACUGCUGAUCUGUAUUUAAUAGCAUGCAUUUUUUUUUUUUAAACUGAGGUCAAGGAGAUAUUGUACUCUCCUGCUUUUUAUGUUUGUGUGUGUGUGUGUGCGUGCGUGCGCACGCGCGCGCAUAUAUAUAUAUACAUGUACUUAUUUCGAUGUUGUUAUGGGUUUGGUGGAUGAUCUCUUCAAAGGGAAGUACAUUUUUUGAUCGCCUUUCCAACCACCAGGGAGAAGGAAAAAACCCUGUAAAUAAACAUGCACAGAAUGUCCGUAUUCUUUUAGAAUGCAUUUGUUUGUAAACAUGUGUAAAUAUGCAUAUAUUCCAGAUAUCCAUGUUCACAUGUACUUGAAAUGUACUUUAUACCUCCUAAGUGACUCUGAUUAGGAAGAACCAAAUAUCUUUGUGGAUGCUCUUUAUUUUUUAUGUGAAUGACUGUGGAAUAUUUCACGUCAAUUAAUGCUCACUUUAAAUUAAGCAUGAUGUUUUGGUUUCUGAAUUAUUUAAGUGGUUAUCUGUACAUCAUACAGUUAUUUAAAGGGAAACUGCCCCUCAGUAUCCAAUAAAACAUUGUAAGAAUUUUGUCCAUGUGAUGCUUUGUUUGCUUUUUUUUUUUAAUUUUUUUUUAUUUUUUAUAUUAAAGAUUAUCUCAACCUGUCCAUGUUUUCCCCUUUCAAAAUAUAUGAUCAUACAUUGCAUAAGCCUGCCACAACGUCAAUGUACCCCAUCUUUGGCAGGUCCUACUCUAACAGCCUAAUGUCUGCUCUUAUGAGAUUAACCCACUUACUUGGGGAAUAAAUUCCAUCUAGGAAUUGUGUAGGGAGUGAUAGAGGCUGAAGAAAAAGAUAUUCAUUGGGGGGGAAACAUUAGAGUUAUGCAUUUUCUGGCUAUGGGGAAUGCACAAUGUAUAGACACAAUUUUAUCCUUUAUAAAGAGGCACCCUGUCAUUGUUUUCCCCCCCAUGUGAGAUAUUCUAUAAUUCAUUUUUUUCUGAAUUCUAGAAUAGAUUACCUCAAAAUAAUCCUGAUGCAUCAAGGUAUUCUUUUAGAUUACAAAACUAAACUACUACCAGGUAUUAUGUUCUAUGUCAUUAUAUAGCAGUUCAUAAAGUAUAGGAUGAUCGAUAUGUCCGUGCCUUCAACAAGCACAUAUGCAUAUGUCAUUCAGAAUAAUUUGGCUUAAAAUUGUUGGGGGGUUUUUUUGUGCUUGUCUUCUUUUUUUUUUUUUUUUUGCAUCCUCUUUCGCAAAGGGUUAAGAAGAGACAACAUCCCAGUCAAAGACCUUGUUUUUCAUUUUGCCUUUUAUACUGGCACAGAUCCGGCUAAGAGCAGCCCAGAUUAGUUCAGAAAACCUUUGAAGAGAUUUAAGAUGUCCUUCAGCCAGUUUGAAGGUUUUUUGUCUUGCAAAUCCAGUACAAGGGCGCCUGCAGGCAUCUCGACCCUUGCUGUGUUGCUGAUGUUUCUCAAGGUCAUUCCAACCCGCCCUGUGACAUUCAAUACACACAAAAUUAUGCAGUGAAACUGCUUCAGCAUCCAGCCAACCAAAACUUCUCUGUUCAUCACUAAACCAAGUAUUUUUUAUUUAUUUUUUAAUUCUCUCCCUCCGUCUUUGCUCUCCCCACUCGGUGGAUUUUUGCUGUAAGAAAUAAUCCAGGAUUUCUGCUGCGUGCAUUGACAAGGUCGUUCUUACUUAAUUAGAACACAUGUAAAGAACAAAGCUAAACUGCUUCAAAACAGCUUUGUAGAUGAUGGAGUGGAUUUCAAUUAUUUAAAGAGAGAGUCACCCAUCAUAGUAUGGGGAUUGAAUCAUAAACACUUUUACCCUUGAAAUUUCUUGGAUUGCAGUUUUACCUAAAAAAAACCCGUAACGGCAUUUAAUCAAAACAAUAAUUUCAAUUAGGAACCUAAUAGAGGGAAGCUAAAUCUCUCUCCCACACUGUGCACAUUGUAAAUGUAUUUUAUAUGUGCGCAUAUUAAUACCUCCACCUAUAGUAUGUUAUGGCGCACGGGAAAACCAAUAUCUGUAGUGUCUAUUGUUUUUUUUGUUUUUUUAUUAUUAUUUCACAUAAAUAUGAUUAAACAACAUUUACUUUUUUUUAUUUUGGGGGGGAGGGGCUUUUUCAUUGAGCAACAACUUUUUAUAAUUAUGUUUAAAAUAUUAGUGUUUUGUGCUAUUAUUUUUAUUCGUAUUUUGGGAAGAGAACAGUAAACUAAAUCUGUCCUACAUCAACUGUGUGGUUUGUUAAAGGACCACUAUAGGCACCCAGACCACUUCAGCUUAAUGAAGUGGUCUGGGUGCCAGGUCCAACUAGGGUUAACCCUGCCUGCUGUAAACCUAGCAGUUUCAGAGAAACUGCUAUGUUUACAUUAGGGUUAAUCCAGCCUCAUUAACAGCCACUAGAGGCGCUUCUCACUGUGAUUUUCACAGUGAGAAGACGCCAGCGUCCAUAGAAAAGAGAGAAAUGCUUUCCUAUGGACGGACUGACUGCGCGUGCAGCUCUUGCCGUGCAUGCACAUUCGGUGGAAGAGGGAGGUGAGUCCCUAGCGCUGAGGGAGCCCGGCGCUGGAGAAAAAUAAGCCUUUAACCCCUUCCUCCCCGUAGAGCCCCGCGGGCCAUGAGGAGGGUGGUGGGGGGGGAGGGGGAGGGGGGGAACCUAUUAGCACUAUAGUGCCAGGAAAACAAGAUCAUGUAUGGGUUCUCUGAUUUAAAUUUAUUUUUAUUUUAUUUAUUUUAUAUUUUGUUCUUCUCACCGUAUGUACUUUCAGUGAUGCUUACUGGUGUUAUUGCUUAGAUUAUUUAAUCUGUUCCUUUUCCACCUGUGCAUAUUCACAUCAAAUCAUAUUCAAUCCUUUGCCACAUAGAUUAUCCAGAUAAUGCUUCUAUAGGAAUGACUCUAUGACAAUGAUACAUGCUUUUCCUUGACUCCAGCCUAUUUUACUGAAUUUCUUCUAUUUAUAAUGUUAAGACUUCCAUAUUCUUCAUAAAAAAGGAUGACCAUGGCAUAAUCCUUUCAAUUUACAUUUGUUCUCUAAGAUGUUGUACUAUUUUAUUCAGUUAAAUUGGCAAAAUGUUCAUGUCUUUAUCAAAAAUGCCACAAGUAUCCAAGGAAUCCCCCCGUGCAACCCUUCUCCCAAUGCAGAUAAUCAAGCUGUUAAUGGUUUGACUUCUUACUUUGGGUCCACUGGGUGCCAGUCCCUGCCACUCUGACAGCUACUCUAUGCUGAGCUAAGCCCAGUGGUGCACACAAUCGGCUGCUGCUCUCAGCCAAUGAUCUGGCCCUGUAUAUCAGGCUUUAGCUCUGGAGAGCUAACAAAUUCCUAGCAGGAUAUUCCAACUCUCACCCUUAUCAAAUGGUUUGACUACUUACAUUGGAUAGGCAGGGCAAUCAUGGCACCAUAACCACUACAAUGGGCUCUAGUUUGGUUGUGUUUGGAUUGUUCCUUAACAGCUAUUUGUCUUAGUGUACAUGUAUGUGAUCUGAUAUAUUACUAUGUGAAUUUCUUUUCCUCUUUUUAGUGUAAAAAAAUUGAGUGAGCGUUAGAAUAUUAUAUGGUUUACAAAGAAUUGUGAUUAUAAUUGCUGUGUUAGAAAAACUGUAAUCUCUUGAUUUUAUCAAAUUGGAAAACAUAGUAUAUAUUGAUCUUCACAAAAUAGUGCGAAAUCUGACUCUAGAGAUAGGCCAGCAUACUUUGGAUCAAAUAACUGACCAACAGGCUUAUUAAUGAAAGUUAGAAUUCUAAGGGCAAAGUAGAUGAACUGCAAGUAUAGCUUAGAGAAUCUUUCCUGCUAUUUUCACCUCAAAUUUAAAAUUAUCUUGACAUUUUAGAAGUCUCACUCUAGUGAAUAACACUGCAAGUUGAAAAACAGCCCGAUGUGUCAAUGGGAUAUCACAUUUUGCACAAAACAACGUAACAAUUUUCUACAUAAUUUGUAUCCCCUGGCUCCAAACCACUCCCGUAGAAAUGAGAUAAAAAUAACCGCCCAUAAUUUCUCAAACUAGUAUUACAGUCCAAUUUUUGGAUCAAGUUUUCUCUGGCAAAAAGAACACAAAUAUGCUGUCACUGUAGGUUUAAAGUAACUUCGCAAUCACAAAUGUCCAAUUUAACAUAUCGGCUAGAAGCAGCGCAAGUGCCCAAUAGAACCAGAUUAGUAUGGUAUAACCGUUUUCCUUUUAGGUGGUGUCACGGGACUUCUGGCACCAUAACCAAUAAAGUAUCCUUUUAAUAUUUUCAAUGACAGGUGAACUGUUUAAAACCUAUAAUUUAUUGGAAUGGUGUCAUCCCUUUAAAUUGGCAACCACAUAGCUGUCCAGAAUAGGUGGGGAAGGGUUGUGUCUUUGGCAUCUUGGACUAUGACUCCAGGACCCUUAAACUGAUUUUUUUUUUUUUUUUUUUUUUUUGGGGGGUCAGUGGUAUUGUCUCUGUUCAAACUGUUUGUAGUUCAUAUGCAAAAAGUAAAUAUGAAUAUGUUUGUAGACACUGUACUGAUUUUUUUUUUUAUAUAUAUACAUAUAUUUUUUUUUUUUCUGUCUGCUUUGCACAGAGAUGUUGCGUGUUUGGAGACGGUGCUUUGAGUUUUUGUGAACAGAGUGUAUUAUUUGUCACUGUGGUAUCCAGUUUGAUUAGCAUGCGACAGAACUCUGUGUGAUGCUGGUUAGAUACGUCUUUGAUGGUUUCCCCCUCUUCUUUCUCUUGGUUUGUAUGUUAGUCCUGCUGUGCUAUAGCUUGUAAUACUGAAGAUUUGUUUGCAAGUUGAUGGAAAUUUUAAUUUCCUCACCUCUCUGUAUGAUGAACCCAUUGUUAUAUGCCAUUUUUUUGGAAGCCCUUGUGAUGAAUAUGUACAGUGAUUUAUUUGGCCUUUUGUCAUUGAAAUGUUAGACAUUUUUGUUUAGCAGCACAUUGGUAAUCAUGUGAUAUCAGUAUAUUUAUGACAAAAUCAACAGAAACUUUCUACAAUGAAGUCCCAAUCUGGAAGAGAGAUCUGUUAAUUAUCAAACUUUUUUUUUUUUUUUUUUAAACAGAAGCAAAGAGGUAAAGUUUUUUUUUGGACUCCCUACUUUCACAAAUGUCCAACUAGAAAUAGUUUGGAUGUGGAAGAACUCGACCUUCACAGAAACCUGACUUCAAUCCCGUCAAACACGUUGAGGACAAAUUAGAAGCCAAGCCUAACAGACAGCCAUCCGUGUUCGACCUUGCAGAAAUUCUUGUGGUUGAAUGUCCCAACAAUGUUUCAAAGUGUAAUGUCAAUUCUUACUAGAGAAUUGCUUCUUAUAUAUGAGCUAAAAGGGGACCAAAUACAGUUUGAUGGCCUUGGGUUUUGGAAAGAAGAGCAGGAGAUCGUAUAACUGGUCAAAGGUAUCUGCAGUCGUUAGAUGAAUGGAAUGGAAUGCCCCCCCCCCCCCCCAAAAAACAAACAAAAAAACAUGAGCUUCUUUAGUUAGACCAAUACAAAAGCAAAAAAGCAAAAAAAGGUAACUAGUCCAUGAUUAAUGCAAACUUUUUUUAACUUCAUGAAUGUGUGCACAUAUGACUGCAUUUUUCAUCCUCUGUCAACACGGAAUCUUAACCGAACAGGAAGUACAGAUCGAUACUCUCUCUUGUUUUGGAGUUUCUCGUUUUCAUUCAGGUAUGGCUCAAAUGGAUUAAUUGUUGUGUUUCUAGAGGACACAUAUUGGCACACAUUAUCAUUAGAAGUUAACUUUAGUCUAGGGUUACUUUUAUUUUUAUUUUAAAAGAACAUUUUUGCUCGGCUGCUAAGAAGGGGAAAUGAUACUCUGCAUAAGGAUAUGUCUCCAAACAGCUAUGCAGCAGGGACAUUUGCUUAACGAGCAGAGUUUGUCCUUAAUGCCAAUUCCAUGCUUUGCUUUCUUCUUGAUGCGGUGGUUGCCAACUAGGGUGUCAGAUAUGUUGCUCGUUUAACUGACGGCUAAUGGGAUGUAAAUCCAUUGACCUAUUUACUGUGACUAUGACGUGACUACGAUUACCAUGGAUGCAUCCCGAUUUCUUUUUUUUUUUUUCAUUCUGCUUUUUUUAUUUUAUUUAUUUUUUGUUACCUUUAAAACCAAAUGAAGGUAUUUGCAGUAAGGAAAAAUAACGGCAGAUUUAUGUAAUCCCUGUAUAAGCCGUGACAAAUUUGUCUGAAUUUUCAUAUAAAAUAAAAAUGAUAUCCCUGUGUAAUAACAUCAGAAGGUUUAGGACCAGCCACCUGCCACCCAGCAUAGCCUUUUGUGAAAAUCACCCGGCCACACAUAGCUUUGCAGAGUGGAUAUUCAUAAUGACAAUUGUGAAACCAUGGGGAUUAUUUAUAAAGCAAUACUAGGCAGUAAAGAUCUACAUGUAGUGCAGUUGCCAUGGAAGCAAUGGGAUGUUCCUUCUGAUUGCUUCUGGAACUCAUAAUGAAUUUAUAAACAAAACCUCCUGUAUGCAAAAUAAUGUCCUGCACUCAAACUCCCACUACUGGGCGGCAGCCGUGACUAUAGUACACAUCAGGCCCAAUACAUAAAAUAAUAACCAAAGGAAAGCAUUACUUGUGCACUAUCCCAAAUCCCUAUGCAUAUUUAAAUAACAUGGGGUUUUAUAUUAUCACUCCAAUGGCCAUUUAAUUGUAAGCUCACCUGCCACGCCAAAGGCGUCUAAGAGGUUUGCACUGACAUAGCAGGUGAGCUUACACUUAAAUGUUAAUACUAGUGUUGAGAGGUAUGAUUUAGCCAAAUCACUGCAGACACUUGCUCCGCAAACAUCUUAUUACAACGUGUUACGGGCACUAAUCUGGAAUUCUCCUUGUUUGAUGCUACGCUAAAUGCUAAACUGUUUGGCAACAAUUUUCAGCAAGGAUUAGUAUAGAAUGACAUUGAAUACCUUGCCCGAAAAAUAUCCCCAAAUAAUUUUUCCAUCAUCAAACUUUACAGUUGUCACUAUGCAGUUGAUCUGGUAGUAUCCUCUUUUAAUCUCCCAAUCACAGAGAUGUCUCAUGCAUGAAACCGUUCUGUUACUUUAGAAUCCAAUAGGGAUGGGCUUUUCCCUUCUCCAGCUGAUGCACAGCAUUGUGAAUGCCAAUCUUAGGCUACUAGACAUGGAUACCUAUUUCAUGAUAAAACUGUUGGUUCUUCAAGAGGAACUUGAUGACAUUCUUCUAUCUGUUAAACACUUCAGUGACUUUUGGCCUGACACUUAACGGAUGGGAUCAUUGCAUUUUUGUUUUUUUGCCAAACUGGUUUGGUUUGAUAAAAUAAUAUUUUGUUUUUCACUUAAAGCACAUCACUGAUUGCUCUAGUGUGAUAAUAUAAAUGUUUGUUUGUCUCCAACCUUGAAUGACAAACACAUGCUUUUGGUUGAAUGGAUUUAAAAUGGAUACUACGUGUACAAUGAGUGAAUUAUCUGUAUAAUAAUAGAUCUGGGAUUCUGUGAAGUUUAGCACAUUCCGUACUUUUAAGUUGAAAAUAGAGGUUAGUCACUUUAUGAAAUUCCAAGAAGGCUUUUUUCCUUUUGUCUUUUAGACUGGAAUUUUAGGUGCUGUACAUGAGUAGCAUGAGUGGAAGUUUAUAGGUCAUGGGUUGUCCUGUGUGAAUCACCACUUCCUAUAAGCCUACCUUUAGAUGCCAACAUUCUAGAGGAUGGCAAUCAUAACCAUGGUCUAUCCUAUCUGAUUAGGGUUUUAUUUUAUUACGGAAAUAUCAAUAUUUAUCAUAAGAAAUCUGAUAAAACCUGCACAGAUAAGAAAACUCAGAGAUCGAGCUGUUUUGCUGCAAACUUUAUAGCAUGUGAAAAAUAAUUACCUGGCGGAAUGUGUUUUUUGCAUUAAAAAAAAACAACCUAUGGAGUCACAAUAAACCUGCAAUCUUAUUGACGAUUUAAAAAAUAAAAAAUUCAGCAGAUGUGAUGGCUCCUGAGCAGCUUUAAACACAUUUUGCAUCCAAUGCAGGCACUAAGGUCAAUCGCAAGGCUUUUAGUGUCUGUAAAGUAUAUUUUAACCCCUUCAUUGUGGUGUUCAGUCACUGGAAAAAAUCAGGUUAUUGAAAGAUUAUAUUUACUUAUCCCUAUAAUAUGUAUUUGUGACUUGAGAAGAAAAAUAAUUAAAUCUAGAAAUCUACACGUCUUUUACCGACCUUAGCUACUUGUUAGUCAUUGCUGGCAGUCAACUCAGUGAAAGCAUACAAAGAAUGCGAAGUGUUGGGCUGUUGUGGUGAUGGUACUAGGAGUGCUCCUCUAAAUUUUGGAAAUACUUUUUUUUUAAAAAACGCUGUUUUAGCUAGGCUGAAGGUGGUGUUUCAGGGAUAACUUCUUUUGAAGUUUUGAAAGUAGUCCGUGUUUACAGCAUCAAUUAUCAGCGUUAUCCGAGUUAUAAAAAUUGAACAGGAAGCUUUUUCAAUGCACAACAGUUUUACACCUCUUCUCAAGGUUUUAUCGCUUGUAAUAAAAUAGAACCCUAGAUCUGUUACAUUUAUGCAUAGCAAACACUUUCUCUCGUACAUACUGUACAUCAAAUAUUUUCUUCCCCUUAGUACAGGGGUAAGCAACCUUCAGCGCUCCAGAUGUUGGUGGACUACAUCUCAUACAAUGGUAUUCUAGCCAUAAUCCUGGCAAAGCCAAAGUUACAUAUAUUUACAAGUCCAACAAUUUGAGCAGUAACAUUUUUUAAACACAGACCAAAUACGUGGGAACUAUUUUAUUCAAGCAGUUUCCACCAAGGCCUCCUCUAAACCCAUGUUGUCUAUUUUCUUUAACAAAUAGCACUUAUUAAUUUCUUACCUUAUAGUCCCAAUAUUACUUUAUCAACAAGUACUCAAUAUUUCUAAUUACAUGCUAUUAGUAAACUUCAGAAAUUAAGAGAUCCAUAUAGCUCAGACCGAGAUGGUGUGAUUAAAUAUUUUUUACCCAGUUUUUUGGUGUGAUUAAAUAUUAUUUUUUUUAUACAGUUUUUUUAAAUGUAAAUUCCAGCUGGAAGAUAACAUGGUUUUGUCAGGAAAUGUUUCUGCCAACGUAUAAACUGUGCACUUCUCACCUUCAAACAAAGCCCCCUGCUCUUGGAGAGAAACUACUGCAUUGAAUCAUUAGCCUUAUUUUAACUGUUAUUGUUGCAACGCCUGCAAUUAACUCGACUUGUCAUAUGGGUAUGUUGGAUUAUUACUACGAUGCCAGGAAAUCAUUUAGCAGGUGAAAUCUUUCCCAUGAAAGCGUGAUGAUAAGGCUCCACUUUGAUAUGUGAGUCACACACCUCCAUGGAGGCAGCACGUUCUACAAUGGGAAUUUUUCAGAACUGUAAUUAACCCCCACUAUUCCUUGGUGGAAACAAAAAAGAAAUACAUCACAAUUUAAGAUAAUUAACCCUUUCUGGUCAUUGCUGGUAUAUUCUAUUUGUGUUAUGGAAACCAAGGGAUUGUAUCGGGAUCAUUAUAAAUCAAUACGUAACCUAGACAUUGUGACUAGCUGACCUAGGGAAUCUGAGGGUUAGUGGACAUGAACAUCCUGCGUUGAGUGGUUUGUCGCUGCUAAUUUUUCCUCGUUUGUUGUUGUGUAGUUUUCCAGUACCUAAAGGGUUGAAAGGUUGCUGUAAUUGGCACCCGCAGCUGCUCUUUCUUUUGACAGGGGAUAAUUUUGCAUCCAAUGCUUUGUGUGACAGCUGCCUAAUUGGGCAUUCUCUCCUUGUAGCAAGCCUGCCUCCUUCAGCCUCCCCGCUGACAAAUCGUGGUGGAUUAUAGAUGAGGACACGCUGACCCGUUCGACCUUGCUGAGACAGCAAGGAGGAGCCACUCGCAUCAUGCGGGAGGCUUUGGGUCAUCUAAAGGACAAGGUCAUGAGCCAGGUGGGGAAACGACUUGAUAUCACAUGACCACAAUCCAAUGUCACCAUGCCAAGGGCGAUUGCUACAUUAUUGAUCAUACUCCUUUCUCAUGGUGUCUUUCUCAUAUUGGAUAUCCAUUAUUAAAAGGGCAGUGAACCAACAGGAGACAAAGAUUUGAACAUCUUCAAACUGUAAUUCACCCUCUUGUAUUUGUGUAAAACCAAUAACAUUACGAAGCAGAAGACAAGUGCCUUGAAAACUUUUAUUCUUAUUCCAUUUCCAAAACAUUUUCAUUUGUCUUUGCGUUUGUUCAAUAAAAUAGAUGUGAAUGCUCACUGAUCUGUUCAUGCCUUGUGCCCUCUGAUGCUGGCUUUAAGUCUAUCUGGCAGUAGUGGUUAAAAAUGUAAUGUAUUCUAGAAUUGCAUAUAUGUUUUUAAAUACACUUUUAGAUUUUUGCAGAGUGUUGGUAUAAUUUUCUACAAUUGUAUCCUGCCCUUGUCAGAGGACAAUAUAUGCAAUAUAUAUAUUAACUGAUCUGGAGGGAAUAAUCCUCAAAAAAAAAUAUUUAUUUAUUUUUAAAUCCUUAUCCUCACAUUUCUCUUCCUGUUAGGUAAUAAUAAAAAAUAAAAAUAUUUGUGUAAAAAAAAAUAAAUAAAAAAAAAAUAAAAAUUAUAGAAUGUUUGCCUAGUGCUUUUAUUAUAUUUUGCCAGCUCUUCUGGCACAUUAACCUUUCCAUAGCUGAUUGCUGACUCUGUUAAUUUAUUGUGCUUUCUGUGUUUUAGUCAUUGCGUGUGUGCGUGCGUGCAUGCAUGUGUAUAUUCUUUUAAUUAUUAUUUUAGCAGAAUAAAUUCAUUUUAUAAUAGGAAGUAUUUGUUAUUGGGAUUUUUAUAGCUAAUGGUUAUUAUCUUUGCUCUGUUUUCUAAUAGCUGGGAGUUUAGUUGGAAGCUAUUUCUCGGUAGCAGCUUUGUAUUUGCGCCCUGUACGUACAUCCGUGGCCAGUAAGGUUACCUGCUGUUUGAUGCUAGGGCAGGGAAGCAAACCAUGUGCAGACAAUUGAAUUUUUACUGAGGAGCAGUCGCACCGAUCGAAUGAAAAUGAACACUUUUUCUUACAAAGUGACCUUUAGCAAGGUACACAGAAUUGAAGUCAAAUAAAGGAUUUCUUUUCAACUGUCAUAAAAGAGAGGAAAUAUUAUUUCAUCUGAAGUGCACUAGACUCUGUUUCUGGGAAAACACAAAUGUCGACGGAUGAUCUUUUGUCAAUUUUUUAUUUUUUUUUUGUUUUGUUUUUAUCUGUGUAAUUUUAGCCUCUUGAGGUCCAAGUCAGUCAGUGCUAUGAGUGAUGAAUUAGUUUUCUCAAGUAGUCGUGCCUGUGAAUUGGGGUGUAUGUUAAGCCGUGACCUUGUUUUGCAUAUGCUUAACUGAUUCAAGCUUGGUAGAGGUUUGUAAUCCUAUGUCUUACACGCGUAUUCUUGAUUAGUGUACCGGUAGAUGCCUUACAGUGUACUGUGUUCUGCUUCAUAUUGGUCAGGACCUGGGCAUUGGGGAGUCAAGUCGAAGGAGAAAAAAGGAUGUCUCGCAUUAGUAUUCUAUGAAUGCUGUAUUGUCUGCAGAACAAAUUGAUUGCUUCACUGUACCUGUGCUUGGCACCACUGCUGGGAGAGAAAGAGGUAUGCUUGUGAUCUUUUUAACUAUCUCAAAUUCUGGCACUCCAGGAAUUUUUCUUUACCCUCCUUUUAUAGAGAUAGUAAGGCUUACAAAUUAUUUUGGUAAGCGUGAAAAAAACGUAUUUUAUAUGUUCUACUGAGUAUUAUUAAGAAAUAUGUUUUUGUUUGUUUGGUUUUUUUUGUUCACACUUAACAUUAGCAUCCAAGAGAUUUUGUUUGGGUUUUUUCUCCCAAAGAAUCAAAGAAACUUGUUUUGGGCUAGAAAGAUUUUAAUUAGUGCUAAAGCAUUUUUGUUUUCAACUUAUAUAAUUUGCUUUUGCGCAUAUAAAUAUUGGUGUCUAUUUCCCUGUAACUAUGUAUACAAUGUGUAAGGUUGUAUACAGGUUUAUAUAGUAUAUCUUGUAUAUAAACAUUGAAUAAUCCAAAGUCUUAAGUCCACUUUUGCAGAACAGACAGCACCAUUAACAUAACUGGGCGGGUGCUAGACGCACACGAGAUUUAAAUCUGGAUGUAAGCUUAUCUCGUAACAUGAUGAAAAGGUAACUUCAGGAGAGGUUUUCUAAGGUCCCCUUAUGCCUGUAAUUACACCAGAUUUUAACCUACUCAAUGAUAGACUUAAAAAAAAUACCCUUUUUAUAUGGUGAUAGAGCCAGAAUGUGCUUUAAUGGUUUUUUUACUAUCUAUCUAUCUUGUUUACUUGCUAAGGUUGAGCACUACUUGCCCAUCCCCUCAUUUUAAUUUAGACCCCCACAGAUGGUUAUCUCUGGAUUGUCCAAACCUGGAAAACAUGUCGUUCUGCCUAUCAAUCAUUCUAGAAAAAGCUAAAUUUCUAGGUUCCAAUUAAAAGUACUGUGCAUUUAAACCAGUGGGCUGAACACAAUGACAAAUUAAUGUAUGUGGUGGCAACCAAGAAAAUGAUGGAUGGUUCUGCUGGUUUGCAAUCUAAAAUUCACGUUUCAUGCAAAUACGACAGAGGGGCAUUUUGAAGAGUAAGCCAUUUUUGUGUAGUCUGUGCUUGCCAAAUAGCUUGCAAAUACUUAGUUUGGAAAGUUGUGUGUUUUUAUGUAAAGAGCUUAUCUUACACUGCCAGACCAAGGGACAUGACUGGGGAGGGCAUUCAGUAGCUCACUCGCACAUACGGAUUUAAUUAACACUACGUAUUAAUUGGCAAAAGAGCCAUAUGUUUUCUAGAGCACUGUGUAGCUGUAGCUGAGUAAGGAGAAAGUGGAAGUUUGCAGACUGGCUACAGGCUCACAUUGAGUCAACAUUCCAGCUGUGUUAAUGUUUACAGCAGUGUUUCCUACAAAGAUGAUUGUUGGCUUCCAAAAUAACUUGUGGCAUAACAUGCAGUCUAAACUAGUGAUUCAUAUAGCAGUGUUCAAAGACCACAGUGAUCUCAGAUUACCCAAUUAUUUUCCAUUGGUCAGAUCAUUAAAAUGUGAAUUGUAGGUGAUCUUUGAGGUCUCUGUAAGAAACUUUACGUAUCUAUCUCUAAUUAUUGGGUUAUUGGCUGCUGAUCUACACCAUAUCAGUAGAGUAUUUGGGAACCUUAAAUAUUGCCAGACAAACCUUGCCCUGAAUUUGUUUCAUUUCUCAAAUGCUUCAGUGUGCUGUGCCAUGCGUCAAACUCUAAUAUUUUCGUGAAUAUGUUUUAUUAAUGUGUUGGCCACUGUGCUGCCAUUUUGUUUUUCUACAAAGAGUCUUUGAUAGUUAAACAGCACAAUUCGCAUUCCUGGAAACUUCAUUGGCAUGGCCUGAAAACUUUGAGAUUCAUGUUACCAAGCCUCAGAUAUAACUUAUUAAAAGUAAUGCUAUAUAGAGAAAUAAGAGUUGGAGAUGAAGCAUGUUGGGGAGUGAGCCUUGAGCUAAUGAAAUCCCCGUUCAGGUGAUACUGUCUAUUUUUGAAGACACACAGAAACGUUUGAAAGCAAGGUAUUGCUUAAAGGACCACUAUAGUGCCAAGAAAACAAACUCGUUUACCUGGCACUAUAGGGUGUUUAGGUUCUCCCCACCCUCAUGGCCCCUCUCCCGCCUGGCCGUAGGGGUCUGAAGGGGUUAAUCACUUACCUUUCUCCAGCGUCGGCUGCCUCGGCGCAGGGAAACUCUCCUCCCUCUUUUGACGUCAGUGCUGAAUGCACAUGCGCUUCAAUCAGUCCAUAGGAAAGCAUUACUCAAUGCUUUCCUAUGGACAUCAGUGUCUAAAGUCACAGUGAGAAGCGCCUCUAGCGGCUGUCAAUGAGACAGCCACUAGAGGCUGGAUUAACCCUAAUGUAAACAUAGCAGUUUCUCUGAAACUUCUAUGUUUACAGCUGCAGGGUUAACCAUAGAUGGACCUGGCACCCAGACCACUUCAUUAAGCUGAAAUGGUCUGGGUGCCUAUAGUGGUCCUUUUAAUCAAGAAGAAAUGUAGUCCUGUGUUUAUGAACCAUGAAUUAAACGGCCUAUAAAAUGCUAUUUAUAUAUUUAGAAAGUAAUGUUUUGUCUAGUUGGUAAUUGCUGUUAUUUCUACCCUGGUUGGGUAAUAGAACAUAUACCGUGUCUACUUUAGACCUUUAAUACAAUAUAUACAAUGUGAGCUGGGUCAUCUAGAUUUAGCACAGAUAGGUUUGACUCUAAUGCUUGCCACACUACAUACACACUUUCAGCACCACUUCUCGCACUUCAUAGCCAUACCACCCAUUCAAAGACACUCUCGGCCAAUGAAUUCCAUUCAAACAUGGCUGGAAUGGUUAUCACUAAUAUGGAAGUGGAGCUUCUGCUUUAGUGAUAUCACAGAGAAAUGUGGGCAUCUACGGGAGCCCGGCACAAGUGUCAAGUUGUUUGACUACUUACCAUGGAUUGGAGCUAGGGGCACUGUGGUAGUUAUGGUGCUUAGAUUGUCCUUUUACUAUCUUCUAUAAAUCUAGGAUUCUGAAAGCACAGAAACAAAUGACUUACCUCCCAAGUGUCCCUGUUUACCUCCCUAUUUUGUGCCAAAAUCCAUCUUUCCCUCUUUUUUUUUUUUAUCCUAAUAUUCCUCUUUUCUAGAAGCCAUGUUGUUGUUGUUGUUGUUGUUGUUGUUGUUGUUGUGGUUUCAGUGUAUAACACAGCAGUUAUACUCACAGUAAUGUGUCUUUAAACUGCAAAUAAAUGUUUCAAAUCAUUCUGCAUACAUAGGAUACACUGUCCUAAAUUAACUUUUACUUACAUAAAAUGUUAUUAGUAAGUCACCUAAAAUGUCUCAGAACAGCGCCUCCUCUAGACAUAUAUGCACUCGCAGCCCGAAAAUUAAAGUGUCCCUCUUUGUCCAUUUGAAAUGUUGGAAGCUUCUGUAAUACAUGGGCUGUAGUUACAAUAUAGCAUGCUCAUCAUGUAUCUCAUGUCCCCAUGUUUGUUCGUUAGCAGACACAUCAUGACCCUUUUAUUUACCAUCACCAACUCAUCAAGGCAGCGUGUUUAGAUAUGAGUUUUAUCUCAGUUCUUUACAUUUUAAUUUAACACCUUCUGCAGCAUAUACUAAUAAUAAUAUAUACCCAUGGCUGUGCACAGUUUAUGUCAUUAGGUGUCUUGCCCAAUAAGGUUAGGUUGUGUGACUGGGAUAUGGACCUGUGUUUCCCUGUGCAACGUCAGUAAAAAAGGAUACAUAAACAUAUUAUGGUUCGUUCCCCUUUAAUGCAUUAAUUGCUAUUAUUAUGAUUGACCAAGGAAGUCAUGUAAGGCUAAAUAGUUGGUUGUUUCUUUGCGUGCUAAAUAUUUGAAACACAAUGUACAGUAUGCGUAAAUAGAGUGUGUGUAUGUUAAGUGUAUUCUAAACCCUAGGAGCUUGGAUCAAAUGCCAGCUGUUACAUCAGUCCUGUUUGUAAUCUUACAUGCUACUGUAUGACCUUGACAUUGUACUUGCAGCUUUAUACUCUAUUAAAUCUAUUUAUAGGGUCAGACAAAUUAUGUGCUCCAUAUUUCUAGAGCUAUAAAAUCAAAUUGCCAGAUUAAUUGGGUUCAAGCUAGAAAUACAGGAAAUGCCAACAAACUUUUUGUGUAUGAAGAAGCAAUCAACCCUCCUAUUUUUUAUUUUUAUAUUUUUUUUAUUUUUAUUUUUAAGGUUAAGUGGGUCUAGGACUCUUUAAUGUCCAGAAAUUUCAGAGUUCUGAAAGUAACACUAUGUAGUAAAUUUUGGUUUUCCCAAAUAGACGUGCUUGAUAUGUAACCUGUCUAACCCGAAUCCAUGCCUUCUUCAUGGUGUCCUUCCUGUAUGUGUUGAAUGCUGAACCCAUAUUCCAUUGGUGUAAGCAGGACCUCAGCGGGUUUGUCCCAGUGAGUUAAGCGGGUAUUUAUUUCCACUCUUCUCAAGGCACUUUAAGUGGUAUAUAGUCCCACCCAUGCUCUGUUGAUUUCACAUCUACUUAGCCUUCGUCUACUUUUAGUCCUUUCCAUAAGGGAAAAUACAAGGGCAGUUUACCAAUCCUGGCUGCAGGACAAGGUUCCCCUACUGGAAAUGGUCAUCCUCAAAAUCAAAGACCAUUAUAUAAUGGACAAGCUGAAUGCACAUGUUAGAAAUGCAAUUCCCUCUUUUCAGAGAAUUGGGUUGAAGUGCUUCUUAGGGUGCUGGGAUAACUGCUUCGCCCUCUUUUUCCCUUUUUUAGCUUGACUGUAUUUCUUGUUAAUUCGUAGUGCUGUAUUGGGUGACCUACCUUAUACUUUGCAGCAGUUUCCCCCCACCCCAUCCCACUUCUCUAAUCCCUUACUAGGUUCUACUUUAUUUCUUUUUAAACUACUGAAAACCGAGACUUUUGCUGAUCGUGCACUGUCACAUGCUUUUUUUUUUUUUUUAUAUAUAUAUAUAUUGCUGCCCAGUCUCUUUUAAAAAAUUUUUUAAAAAGAAAAAGUAUACAUAUUGUAUUUUAAAGCCUGUAACCCCCCGUUGUUCUAUUAUGUAGUGUUCAUUUCUAUUCCAUUGUAGAUUUAGAGUAACCACUACAUUGUUUCUUUCUAUUGUGGCCAAGUAAUUUAAUCAUAGACCGAAUGCAGCAAUGUAUAACAAUAUUCUAUACCGUGUUAUCCCAGUGCCAUCUUAACAACAUUAUGGGCUCCUGGGCAAAGCAGCGCACUAAGGCCCUACCUUCACACAACUCACAAGAAUAAAAAUUAGAAUUAUAGAUAAAAAUAAGCUUAUAUGUAUUAGUAUCUCCAACAAAUGCAAUAUAAACAUUCACACACAGACUGCUGAAAACAUUCACACACCGACUGCUGAACACAUUCACACACCGACUGCUGAACACAUUCACACACCGACUGCUGAAUACACACACACACACACAGACAGACAGACUGCUGAAUACACACACAGACUGCUGAAUACACACACACACUGCAUUGAGGGGUGCUGUGUAUGUGUUUGUGUGUACGGGUGCUGUGUGUGUGUGUGUGUGUGUGUGUGUGUCAAACUUAAAGGACCACUAUAGUGCCAGGAAAACAUUCUCGUUUUCGUGGCACUAUAGUGCCCUGAGGGUAAUCCCACCCUCAGGGUCCACCUCUCGCCGGUCUCUGGGGAGAGGAAGGGGUUAAACUCACCUCUUUCUCCAGCACUGGGCGGGGAGCUCUCCUCCUCCUCUCCUCCCUCUUCUCCUCCUCUUCGGCUGAAUGCGCAUGCGCAGCAGGAGCCGCGCGCGCAUUCAGUAAGUCCAUAGGAAAGCAUUCACAAUGCUUUCCUAUGGACGCUGGCGUAUUCUCACUGUGAUUUUCACAGUGAGCAGCACGCAAGCGCCUCUAGCGGCUGUCAAGAGACAGCUACUGGAGGCUGGAUUAACCCAUUUAUAAACAUAGCAGUUUCUCUGAAACUGCUAUGUAUAUAAAAAAAAAAAAAAAGGGGGUUAACCCAGCUGGACCUGGCACCCAGAUCACUUCAUUAAGCUGAAGUGGUCUGGGUGCCUAUAGUGGUCCUUUAAGCAAAUUGUGUUUUUUCCCUGUAACAAUACAAUGGAAUUUAGUACUCUUUUAACAUUUAUGCUUAUUUGUAAAUGUGCAGAGGUUUAUUCAAUAAACUAGGAAUUUUGAACAGUUAGCAUGAAAAUUGCAAUUUCUGGGCAAAUUAGUCAAUUGGAAAAUGUCUUCAAAUUUACUAUAUUCCCACUAGGAUACCAUGUCCUAAAACUUGUUAUUUCCAUUAGUUCUCCAGUAUCUACUUUAAUGGCCAAACCCAAAAAACUACAGCAAGGUGUUCCAGUAUAGAUAUGUUGUUUAAUUUUAAUUAUAGAAAUAGAUUUGGAAUCAUGAUAAAAUGUAUAUAUUAUAACCAUGAUGUUAUUUUUUUUCUAAUUUUUGUUUGUUUUUCUUUUGUAGAUGCUGAUCUAUCUGUAA